CAGAGUCGGCCACGACUGGACCUAAUGGUCAGGGCUCCCUUUACCUUUACCUUUACAUGUUCGUUCAGCCCUUCUCCCAUGGUUCUCUUGCAAACACCGCUUUCACUUGCUCAGAUCUUCUCACACACAUUUUGGUUUCCGUUCCAUAAAUUCAAUAAUUUCUACGACAGCGUAAGCUGCCAAUUAGGAGAACUUAACACUUUGAUGGUAACCUAUAGCUGUAUCCAGCUGUCUUUCAGAUGGAAGCAAUGUGUACAAAACUGAACGGAUUGAAGAGGAUUUAGGGGGGAAAGAAGAGAAGCUUGGGCAGCAUCCAGCAAACCGCAACAGGAAACGCUCUGCUUUCUCACUGGAGCUUUCCAUUUCCCUCAUUGAAGCUACAGCUUCCCUGCCAAGGUGCCGGUGGGACUCUGGUGCAGAUGUUUAACUGAUAUCAAUCACGGUCAGUCCAUUAUUUGAAAAAUAAGACUUUAGAGCUACCUUGCCCCCAAACAGCAACACCCUGAGACCUCCGCUUAUAGGGCGGUAUACAAUAAAUAAAUAAACUAAAUAAAUAAACUAGAUAUUCUGUUUUGGUGACUGUAACCUUGGUUUAAAGAGCCAUUUGGCACCUAGCUUGUGUAUCGUGAGAUUCUAACACUGCACUUGAGGCAAAUCAUAAGAGUGGUCUUAAGAGAGACAGUGAUGACGUUGUUUUAAAAAGGGACCCCUGACCAUUAGGGCCAGUCGUGACCGAUUCUGGGGUUGCAGCGCUCAUCUCGCUUUAUUGGCCGAGGGAGCCGACGUACAGCUUCCGGGUCAUGUGGCCAGCAUGACUAAGCUGCUUCUGGCGAACCAGAGCAGGGCACGGAAACACCAUUUCCCGCUGGAGUGGUACCUAUUUAUCUACUUGCACUUUGACGUGCUUUCGAACUGCUAGGUUGGCAGGAGCAGGGACCGAGCAACGGGAGCUCACCCCGUCAUGGGGAUUUGAACCACCGACCUUCUGAUCGGCAAGUCCUAGGCUCUGUGGUUUAACCCACAGCGCCACCCGCGUCCCUUGACAUUGUUUUACUUGGUCUAAUAUCCUAACCUUUCUAGUAAUUAUCCAUGAUUUGCCAGAAAACCAGUUCUGAGUGAUGGAAUACUCCAGUUUGCAUGGCAAGAGGUCCUGGUUUUUUUCAUCAUUUUGAUAGGCUGCCUCCAAGUUCAGCCUAUUAGACUUCGUAAACUGAGGGAGGUACUAAACAACCUAGUGCAGAAGUCGUUAACCUCUGUUCCUCCAGAUGUUGUUGAGACUCUUUUUUUCAUAUUUUUUAAAUUAGCUCUCAAACAAUUUAACCAAUUCAAUUUCAAUACGAUAUUCCCUUAAGGUUUUUGACUUCCCAUUCUUACUUCCAUGAUGUUUCUAUUCAAAUCAUCAUCAUCAUCAUCAACCUUUACUACGGUUCAGAGACCCAACAAAUCGUUACAAAGCAAUACACAAUUCAGAUAGCCUACCUCCAGGUUAAACAAGCAUUUCGUUCAGAAUAUAGGGAUCAUUGCAACUGCCGAUAAAAACUUUGCCACUGCUAAUGUUCUAGCAUUUGUCCGGUCUUCCAAUAGGAACCUGACAUAGUGAGCCUCUGAUUUUCCCAGGAAAGGUACCAGCAAGGGUAAUAUCAGUUCAGCCCUGGCUUGCUCAUAUUUUGCACAGUGCAACAAAAUAUGUUUAUGGAAUCGAUGUCUUGAGCACACGAGCAAAGUCUGUCCUGGUAGGGAACUCCUCUCAACCUGCCAUCUAACACUGCAGAAGGAAAAGACGUUUAGUCUGGCUUUGGUGAAAAGCCUUUGAUAACUUGGUACUGUUAGGUUUUUAAUGUAAGAUGUUAACUUAAAGACAUGCCCAUAUUGUACUCCUACUGCCAGUGGACUACAGACUGCGUGUGAUCGAGAUCGCAAGUCACUGUGUGCAUUAUCCCAUAAUCUUUGCUUUAACGUCUUUAGGGCGCCUUCAUAACCCAGGUAAUACAGUUGGGGUGGUGACAGACCAAUAGAGGUGGCUUUUCUAGCCAUGGUUUUCUGCCAUUUGCUGACAAAUUCCUCAUUGGUCAGGUGUUGGUACAAACCCUACUUAACAACCUAGAGCAGAAGUCGUUAACCUCUGUUCCUCCAGAUGUUGUUGAGACUCUUUUUUUCAUAUUUUUUUAUUAGCUCUCAAACAAUUUAACCAAUUCAAUUUCAAUACAGUGGUGCCUCAGGUUACAUACGCUUCAGGUUACAUACGCUUCAGGUUACAGACUCCGCUAACCCAGAAAUAGUGCUUCAGGUUAAGAACUUUGCUUCAGGAUAAGAACAGAAAUUGGGCUCUGGCGGUGCGGCAGCAGCAGGAGGCCCCAUUGGCUAAAGUGGUGCUUCAGGUUAAGAACAGUUUCAGGUUAAGAACGGACCUCCGGAACGAAUUAAGUACUUAACCUGAGGUACCACUGUACAAUAUUCCCUUAAGGUUUUUGACUUCCCAUUCUUACUUCCAUGAUGUUUCUAUUCAAAUCAAUUCUAUUCAAAUCUGCCAUGAAUGUAGUAUUUCUCUAAAACAUAUAUCCUACAUUACAUUCCUUUAUCAUUCUCAUUCCUUUGCUUAUAUUUCAAGUCCUGCCCGCGAUUUCAUUUUACUAUAAUAUUUUCCUCAGAUAAUCCAAAAAGGGUCUCCAUUCUUUACUUAUUCUUUGUCUCUUAUUUUUGCCUUCUCCACAUUGUUCAAUAAUUUCAAAAUCCACCCCUCUUUUGAUGGAACUUCUUUCCAUUUCUGUGCAUACAAGAAUUCUGGCUGCGGUAGGAGCAAACCUAAAUAGUUUAACCAAUUUUUGGGAGACCCCUGUGCCUAUUAUUCCCCAAAGAAAUGCUUCAGGCUUUUUGGGGGAAUGACUUCUUCUUCACCAUCUUCUUCAAUUCAUUAUGUAUCAUUUCCCGAAAGUCCACCACACAUGGAAAAAGAUGUUGAGACUCCUCACUCGCAACUGCUCCAGCCAGCAUGGCCAAUGGCCAUGGAAGAUGGGCGUUUUAGUUGCUGAUUGCUGAUGUUUGGGAAUGCCAAAAAUCCCACCCCACCCCCGGCCUUAGGGAAUGGAGGAUAAUUUUCAGUUCCCUUGCUACAAAACAUUAGCAAAAUGAUCCAUGACUGCCAAUUAAGAGUAGGUUCCUUAGGAAAUCAUUAUCAUUUUUCAAUGCUUUGGGGCCUGGCCUGGCUGGGAUGUCGAAAGGUACCAUAUUUUUCGCUCUAUAACACGCUCCCAACCAUAACACGCAUAUAGUUUUUAGAGGAGAAAAACAAGAAAAAAAAUAUUCUAAACGAAACAGUGGAUGUAUGAUUUUUGUGGUUCAUGCUGUGGCCACAGACAUGUGAUCUGACGGUGAGUUUGGGGUAGCCCAAUGCAAAAAUCCUGAGGAUCCAUGUGGAUCCGUGCUUUGUAACCACGUUUUUGCACCACUGCGGCCCCAGGCAACAGUGGGUGCGUGGUUUUUUUGGUGCAAGCUGUAGCCAUGGACAUGCUAUGUGAUCUGAUGGUGAAUUUGGGGUGACCCAGUGCAAAAAUCCUGAGGAUCUGUGUGGAUCCGUGCUUUGUAACCAUGUUUUAAGUGGGGAGGGAAGGAAAAGCACUCAAGGGACAAGGAACACGCGUGGGGUGGGUGGAGAAGGAUGCUGUUAAUAAUGCAGAAGAGGGGUAUAAGAGGAGAAGGCUCUUAUAAGAGGAGUGGGGAGGAGAGAGAGACAGAGAGCCUGCUUGAAAAAACUUUGCUGUUACCGUAUUUUUUGCUCUAUAAGACGCACCAGACCACAAGACGCACCUAGUUUUUGGAGGAGGAAAACAAGAAAAUGAAUAUUCUGAAUCCCAGAAGCCAGAACAGCAAGAGGGAUUGCUGCACAGCGAAAGCAGCGAUCCCUCUUGCUGUUCUGGCUUCUGGGAUAGCUGAGCAGCCUGCAUUCGCUCCAUAAGACGCACACACAUUUCCCGUUACUUUUUAGAAGGGAAAAAGUGAGUCUUAUAGAGCAAAAAAUGCGGUAUUUAGCGAGUGGGGAGGAGAGAGAGACAGAGAGCCUGCUUGAAAAAUCUUUGCUGCUAUUUAGCGAGUGGGGAGGAGAGAGGGACAGAGAGCCUGCUUGCUUUAAAGGAGCCAACCGGACAGGAGCCGCUUACACUCGUUUAUGCGGCUCCUCUCCUCUCCCGCUUUGCUCCUUUAAAGCAAGCAGGCUCUCUGUCCCUCUCUCCUCCCCACUCAGCGGCUCUUCUCCCGCUUUGCUGUUUCAAAGCGAGCCACGGAGGAGGGAAGGAAGGGGAACCAUGGAUCCUCUGCUCACGACUGCAGCAGUUCCCCCGCCAUCCGUAGGCAUUCCCUCCAUAACACGCACAGACAUUUCCCCUUACUUUCUAGGAGGGAAAAAGUGAGUGUUAUGGUGCGAAAAAUACGGUAUUUUAGGCUCAUGGAAGGGUUUUUUGCUCUUGAACCUUAUAUUUUUUUCAUUUUAGGAAGAGGCUCUUAAAUCAGCAAAAACUCAGAAGCUGUUAUGCAGCCCCUCCGCCUUGGCCCAUUAAUACUCAUUAAUAUGAAGCCCAAUUAUUCCCCGAAUGCUUAGGGUUAAAGAUGACGUUGCUGGAAAUUGUCAGUUAAAAAUGUAUUGGGAAUAGUCUCCAGCCCCUUGUGCGUGAAAGUUUGUAGGAAGUCCCAGCUGGCUUUUAGGGAAAAGACAUCUUGUCGGGUUUGAUUUCCAGGAGCUGUGUGUGACUGACGAGAUUUCACAGGAGAGCACCUAAUUUCCCUUUCUGAUGUCUGUUGGGUAACCUAAUCUGUUAAGCAUUUUAAAUUAACUAUCUUGUAAGAGCCGCAAAUAGAAUCUAAAGAAAACAUAAUUAGUAAAUAAUGAGGACUGUUGCUUGCUGUUUGCAAAUCACAGUUCUUGUCUUUUCACUGCAUUCUGGCAGCUGCUUGACUUUGAACUUGGAGAAAGUCAUUUUGCGCCUCUUGAGGCUCCUGUCCUAAAACUAAUUCAUAUGUUUAAUAUCACCUGUUGCAGGUGCUGCUGAAUAUUUAAGUCACGGUCUACUCGUAUGUGAGCAGUGCAACAGAUGAGACUUGUGCAAUACCACAGCUCAGCUCCUGUGAGCAAGGUGUAGACCACAGGGUCUAAGCGCAGCUUUGGAGAGAGCAAUAGGAAGCAGUGGGAGGUCAGAAAAAUUAAUGCAACCUGCCUCCCCACAGCUGCUUUUAUGUUUAAAACAACCAUAAGAUCCAGUCAGGGAUGCGGGUGGCGCUGUGGGUUAAACCACAGAGCCUAGGGCUUGCUGAUCAGAAGGUCGGCGGUUCGAAUCCCCGCGAUGGGAUGAGCUCCCGUUGCUUGGUCCCUGCUCCUGCCAACCUAGCAGUUUGAAAGCACGUCCAAGUGCAAGUAGAUAAAUAGGUACCGCUCCGGCGGGAAGGUAAACGGCGUUUCCGUGUGCUGCUCUGGUUCGCCAGAAGUGGCUUAGUCAUGCUGGCCACAUGACCCAGAAGCUGUACGCUGGCUCCGUCGGCCAAUGAAGCGAGAUGAGCGCCGCAACCCCAGAGUCGGCCACGACUGGACCUAAUGGUCAGGGGUCCUUUUACCUUUACCUAAGAUCCAGUCACAUAUCUUCCAUCUUGUUUUGUCCCUUAGAAUAUCUAGUUGCAUCUUCAGCAUGCAUAAAAUUAUACAUGGCCCCUUGUUUUUUGCUGAAUUAACAGAGGUUACUCAUGUAUACCUAAACACAAACAAAAUACAGUGGUACCUCGCAAGACGAAUGCCUCGCAAGACGAAAAACUCGCAAGACGAAAGAGUUUUUCGUUUUUUGAGUUGCUUCGCAAGACGAAUUUCCCUAUGGGCUUGCUUCGCAAGACGAAACGUCUUGCAAGUUUGUUUCCUUUUGGAUUUUCAAUGCAUUCCUAUGGGAAACCGUGCUUCGCAAGACGAAAAAUUCGCAAGACGAAAAAACUCGCAGAACGAAUUAAUUUCGUCUUGCGAGGCACCACUGUAAUUAACUUUGGCGGUGUUUUAAUUUUGGUGUGUGCUAUUUCGGUUUGUUUUCCCCUUGAUUCCAAGGCUCAUCAGGAAGAUGUCAGGAGAAGAUUCCGUCCCAUUGAAAAACUUAAGGAAGAGUUCAGAGAGCUUAACCUGCAACUAGAAACAGACUUUGAAAUUAUGUUUAAAUUAAUCAACAAAUUCAACAGUUCCACUUCGACGCUGGAGGAGAAAAUAACAGCACUUCAUGAUCUCGAAUACUACGUUCAUCAGGUAAGAAGAUUUUUUAAAAUAAACAUUGGCAGCUGGUGUGCAAUGUUCCGGGAACAUGGAAUCGUAAAAAUAGAUACCAGAUGUUGCAGAAUUGUGGCACCCAGCUUCUUCACACAAGGCAUUUUACCUAGACAGAUGAACACAGUUGUGUGUGUUUGGGUGUAAACACUGUUGUGUGUGAAAUUGUGUAAGUGGAUUGUAAACAUUUGGAACGCGACAUUUUUAGAUGCCAAGUCUUCAUUGAACGCAACAAUGAAGAGUCUUUAAUUUGUGCCAGGGCAUGCCAGAAUUCAUUGUUGUCAUUUGGUUGUUUUUGAGUGCCAGGGCUUAUCACCUGGGACGCAUAAAGUAAUGUGGAAAGUGACGUUGCCACUGGAUUCUCCUAGGCUCGAGGAGACGCUUUUGGCUUACAUGGUACAGCUUUUAGGCUGCUCUGAGCUUUGGCAUCCGUCCUUUUAUAAAUUAAUCAUGGGUUCCUUGUUUGCCCAAAAGGAAAGUGUUCCAGAACAGUGUUCAUUUAGGACUGCAGUCCUAAGCGCGCUUAGUCAAAAGCAAAUUGCACUAAAAUCUAUGGGCCUUAAAUCUAGGUAAACAUGUAUGAGUUAAUGCUGGUGGUGCUGCAAGAAUUUCCCCGAGAGCAGAAUGCAAAGUGAAUUUUCGCUGCUGUGCAUUAGGCAGAAUAUAUGAGGAAUUUGAAAAGGGAAACCAAAAGAGGGUUCUGUUGAUUCUUGUACCCUAGCCUAGGCCAUAGGUAAAGGCAAAGGGACCCCUGACCAUUAGGUCCAGUCGUGGCCGACUCUGGGGUUGUGGCGCUCAUCUUGCUUUAUUGGCUGAGGGAGCCAGCAUACAGCUUCCGGGUCAUGUGGCCAGCAUGACGAAGCCGCUUCUGGCGAACCAGAGCAGCGCACGGAAGCGCCAUUUACCUUCCCGCCAUUUACCUUCCCUAUUUAUCUACUUGCACUUUGACGUGCUUUUGAACUGCUAGGUUGGCAGGAGCAGGGACUGAGCAAUGGGAGCUCACCCCGUUGCGGGGAUUCGAACCGCCGACCUUCUGAUUGGCAAGUCCUAGGCUCCGUGGUUUAACCCACAGCGCCACCCGCUUCCCAUGCCUAGGCCAUAACCUAGCUUAAAUUUCCCUUGUGCAUUCAUUCCUCUUGUAGGUUUUGUAGACUGCUAGCCUGCCGUCGACCUUUCCUAUGCUGAACUGACCCAAAUUCUCGGUUCAUGAUAAAUUCUCAACUCCAGCUAUCAUUUUAGUUCUGUUCCUUUGCACUUUGUAUAGCUGGAAUGCAACCUUCUUGAACCUGAGCAAUCUGGACCCAGUGGUUCAUAUAUGGCCUCUCCUGUGCUAUGUGAGAAAAGUACUGCUCCCUUCCUGUUCUUCUGAGACAGGCCUGCCGGAAUUUGUCAUGGCUAAAAUGGCCAGCCAUAGUUAGCGUCUCACACUGUUGGCUCAGUCAUCUUACGAUCAAUAUCUCAAGUCCUCUUUCCACCUCAUUUGUUCUGGUUGAUGAGUUUCUAGUCAAUAAUACAAAUGCUUAUUGCCAGUCCCCGAGUAUUUCUGACUCUCUAACCCUGCCUGUUAAAUUAAAAUAUAAAACAUUUUGUAUUGGUAAGAGACACAGAACUCCUCAGACUCCCAACUAUGGUCUCCUAGAGAAAUAAAUUUUCAUCUUUGUUUGAUAGCGUCGUUCCUUUCAGUUAAGAGUAUUGUCCAGGGAAGCUUUCAGUAAGCUAAUCAUGUUUUGGUUUUCAGUGAUUCCUUCUGUAUUUGAUGGUUGUGACAGGAUUGGGUCCAGAGUUCCUUUGAGUGGAACUCUGCUCACAGGAAACUUCUGCUGGAGGAAUGGUAGUGUAGAGGUGGGUUUUUUUGUUGCUCCCUGCUCCCCCCCACAGCUUCUAGUUGAGAGACCCUUUAGAAGUGUGGGGGGUUGCAGGGGAAUGGGCAAAAAUCACCUCCCACCCUUUCCUUGGUGGUAGAUAUUGCUGGGUAUUGAUCCUUUCAGUAAAUGAAAGGAGCUAUUCUGCAAAGCAACACUCUGGAUCCCUUUGUAUCUUGUAUUAUUGUAUCUUCAGAAUUUGAACAUGAUGUUCCUGUAGCGAGACGGCAUCAUACGAUUCAAGGCAAGAGGUUUUUGCUUUGCCUUUAAUCUUUUUUAAGUGAAUGGAACAGGUUUUGAUCGUGAUUGUUGUACUUCGUGUGUAAAUUCUGAAUAGAAAAAUCAACACCCACCCUUACGUGUAAAUGCACAAAUCGUUGCUUGAAUGUGGAACAACAUAUUUUAUAGGUGGACAAUGCAAAAGAUUUGCUUUCCAUUGGUGGCCUCCAGCUUUUGAUUAAUGGGCUGAACAGCACGGAGCCGUUGGUGAAGGAAUAUGCGUCCUUCGUCCUGGGAGCUGCACUGUCCAGGUGAGUAUCUGUGUGGUUACAAUAAUAAUAAUAAUAAAUUUUAUUUAUACCCCGCCCUCCCCAGCCAAGGCUGGGCUCAGGGCGGCUAACAAGCAAUAAUAAAAACAAGUUGAAUGAAUACAACUUAAAAACAAGAUUAAAAUACAACAUUUAAACAUUAAAAUGCAGCCUCAUCACAGGAGGAAAAAGAAAGCGGGGGGAGGGAAUCAAAUUGGCUCCAAGCCAAAGGCCAGGUGGAACAACUCUGUCUUACAGGCCUGGGCGGAAAGAAAUCAGAUCCUGCAGGGCCCUGGUCUCAUGAGACAGAGUGUUCCACAAGGCUGGAGCCAGUGUUGAAAAGGCCCUGGCUCUGGUUGAGGCUAAUCUAACUUCCUUAGGGCCCGGGACCUCUAGGAUGUUGCUAUUUAUGGACCUUAAGGUCCUCUGUGGGGCAUACCGGGAGAGGCGGUCCUGUAGGUACGAGGGUCCUAGACCGUGAAGGGCUUUAAAGGUCAAAACCAGCAACUUAAAUCUGACGCGAUACUCCACCGUGAGCCAGUGCAGCUGGAAAAGCACUGGGUGAAUAUACUCCCAUGGCAGAGACCCCGUCAGGAGCCUCGCUGCAGCAUUCUGCACCCGCUGGAGUUUCUGGGACAGCUUCAAGGGCAGCCCCGCAUAGAGUGAAUUACAGUAGUCAAGCCUGGAGGUGACCGUCGCAUGGAUCACUGUGACCAGGUCGGGGCGGGAAAGGUAAGGGACCAACUGCUUGAUGCAGUUGAGAAAGAAUGCGGCAGACCUCAUUAGACAGAGUGGGCACAUAUUUGGCCACUGUGCUGCGUGGGCAACUGCUUGGUGCUCCUCAAUGUCAGAAUUAGUAAUUUCAGAAACGAUUAAAGAUGCCCUGUGGUUACUGGGCAAGGCUACUUACUGGUCUUAAAAUUGACCAAACAGGUGCCCAGUGGCUUCAGUGUGACUAAGCAGAAAGGAGUGACUUUGUUCAGUUGUUCAGGUAGAGGUUUCCAGGAUGCCAGCUAUUUUUCACAGCAAAGAAACAAGAUGCUGGAGCAGAGACUAUGGUAAUCAGAUGGUGAUUCACUUUAAAAAUGAAAAUAAAAAUAAAUGUCUUGCUGAAAGGAUUCAAGGCCCUUCAGAAACCUAACGCCGAAUGAUAACGUAUGCUGUACCAACGCAGAGAAGCGUUGCUUGAAUAAGAUUUCCAGAGAGGGCAAAGUCCUGUUGCAGGUCAUAUAUGCACCUUUCGGGUUUAUCCUUCUCAAAGCGAAGUACUGAACCACUUCAGCUUUAGAAUGUCUCGCGUCCACUAAGAUUUUAAAAUUGCCAUAGGACUCCUUUAGUUUAUGGUGAUGUAGCAUGGAUAGUAGAACGUGUUCCAGUUUGGUCUCUUUUUUCCCCUCUUUUAUUGAAGAAGAACAGCGUGUGCGUCUUUCUAUGAUUUUACUUUUCAUUUUACAAUAAUCACACAAAUACACAUAUACUAAAAUACAUCUAAUUGAUUCGACUUCCCUCCUCCCCCUCAGUGGUUUCUUAUACUUUCACCUUUACUACUGCAUAUCCCAAUUAAUUCUGUUUAUUGAUUACUCCUUAGACUCUACACACAAACACACACACACACACGAAGUCUAAGGAGUAAUCAGUAAACAGAAUUAACACACACACACACACCACUGCUCGAUUCAUAUUAAUCCUGCUGAUGAAUUAAGUUGUUUGCAAUAGUUUUUCAAAUAGUCUAUAAAUUUCCCCCAUUCUUUAUUUAAUGUUUUUCUUCUUCUUUUUCUUCUUGGUUUCUCAUUCUUCCAGUAAAGGUGAAGGUAAAGGGACCCUUGACCAUUAGGUCCAGUUGUGACCGACUCUGGGGUUGCGGCGCUCAUCUCGCUUUAUUGGCCGAGGGAGCCGGUGUACAGCUUCCGGGUCAUGUGGCCAGCAUGACUAAGCCGCUUCUGGCGAACCAGAGCAGCGCACGGAAACGCCGUUUACCUUCCCGCCAGAGCACUACCUAUUUAUAUACUUGCACUUGACGUGCUUUUGAACUGCUAGGUUGGCAGGAGCAGGGACCGAGCAACAGAAGCUCACCCCAUCGCGUGGAUUCAAACCGCCAACCUUCUGAGUCCUAGGCUCUGUGGUUUAACCCACAGCACCACCUGUGUCCCUUUCUUCCAGUAUGUUCCGCCAUUUCCGCAUAGUCCAUCUGUUUUGUCUGCCAGUCCUCCUUGGUAGGAACCGUUUCUCAUUUCCAUCUCUUAGCACAGAACGGGAUAUUUUAAUGCCGUCCUCAUUGCAGAGUGGAGGGGAUAUAUGAAUUGAAAACGUCUAAACGUCAGUAGCUGGGUUCCUAUCGAGGGUAUUUGGCGUGAUGAGGGAUUGAGGAUUGGCGUGAUUGCUCUGUGGCAUUAUGGCAGUGGACAAAGCUGUAUUGUAGCUUUUGAAUAAAUGUGUUUAGAUGAAUAAAUGAAUGACAAAUGUGCCCAUUGAUACCAAUUGGUGGGAAUAGAUUGCUGUUGCUCCACACUGUAGUGGCACGUAAGCCAUGGGUCAAAGUGGUUAUGAGUGUUGUUGACCUUCUACCUGAGCCCUUUAGGAUCUGUUAUAUAUUAGCCACCGAUAAGCUCCCACUUACUAAAUAUCAUCAGUAAUUGUGGCAUUACGUGUCUGAGAGGCUAGCUUGCAUUCUAUUGCAAGGUAAUGCCGUCAAAGGCAAUAUUAAGACACUUCCAGUCCAUUUUAUUCUUAAAUUUCAUUUGAAGCUUUUUGUUCCAGAAUCCUCUGCUUUCGGCUUGGGACUUCAUUAGCGCUUUUUAUGGUAUAAGGAAAAUUUUCCGUGCUGCUGAAAUUCUUUUGGCUACCAAACAACCUUCACACCUGCCAGAAAUGCUUUUUUUAAAAAAAAAUCAAUAGAGAAAUUAAGUACUGGGCAGUGGAAAGAAACGCAAGCCUUAUUGAUUUACAGCGUACUCUUAUGCAUAAAUCUACUUGGAAAUAAGUCCUGCUGAGUUCGGUGGGACUUAUUACCAGGUAAUUGCAUGUAUAGGGUUGCAGCCUUUGUGAACUGCCUAGAAAAUGGCUGAAAUUCAUGUCAUGUACCCAAAGUAAUGGCAAAUGUAAGCCACAUUGUGGGCUCUUCAGUGUAGAGGACUGAAUCCAUGAAACUGUUUUCUGCUCCAUUAUUCAAUCCAUGUGAAUUCAUGGUUCUGGCCAGGGCAGGCCCAAUACAUUUUGGAACCUGGUGUUGACCCCAAAAUGGUGUUCCCCCCUCUCUCCUAGGGAAGAUCUACAGCAGGAACAAGGGUGGAGGGGAGAGAAGAAAGACUGACAUUGGGAUCUGCUGCCCCUGUGGAUCUUAAUGUUGUUUAGUCGUGUCUGACUCUUCGUGACCCCAUGGACCAGAGCAUGCCAGGCACUCCUGUCUUCCACUGCCUCCCGCAGUUUGGUCAAUCUCAUGCUGGUAGCUUCGAGAACACUGGCCCACCAUCUCGUCCUCUGUCGUCCCCUUCUCCUUGUGCCCUCCAUCUUUCCCAGCAUCAGGGUCUUUUCCAGGGAGUCUUCUCUUCUCAUGAGGUGGCCAAAGUCUUGGAGCCUCAGCUUCAGGAUCUGUCCUCCCAGUGAGCACUCAGGGCUGAUUUCCUUCAGAAUGGAAAGGUUUGAUCUUCUUGCAGUCCAUGGGACUCUCAAGAGUCUCCUCCAGCACCAUAAUUCAAAAGCAUCAAUUCUUCGGCAAUCAGCCUUCUUUAUGGUCCAGUGGAUCUUAAUAAUAAUAAUAAUAAUAAUAAUAAUAAUAAUAAAUGUUAUUUAUACCCUGCCCUCCCCAGCCAAGACCGCGCACAGGGUGGCUAACAACCAAUAAUAAAAACAAGUUGAUUAAAAUACAAUUUAAAAAACAAGAUUAAAAUACAACAUUAAAACAUUAGCAUGCAGCCUCUUCACAGGAGGAGAAAGGAAAAAGAAAGAGGGGGAGGGAAUCAAACUGAUUCUAAGCCAAAGGCCAGGAUCUUGCCGCCUGAGGCAAUUGCCUCACCUUGCCUCAAGGUUGGGCCGGUCCCAGUUCUUGCUGUGUGGUUCCAGCACUGUUUUCCCCACAGCAUCGAUAUUUGCCCAUUUUUCCUUUGCCUUCCUCAUAAUGUGUUUGAAUUAUAGCAACAGUAAUAAGCCUCUGUAGAAGCCAAAUAAGUCCAAAUAAUAUUGACGUGGUUGUGUUUUUUGAAAAACUAGUGAAGGUUCUCUAUCACUGCAUGGAUUUUUCUUUGAAUGCCUGAAUCCAGAUUUCUAGAGGCUGUGUGUAUUAUUAAAACCGUGUUGCGCUUAGUGUGUGGUUAUCAUGAAAGAAAAAAGCAGACAACCGGUGCCCUAAACAAGCGAAUAAAAGCUGGUUAUUAUGCCGUUCUUGGAGGAGGAAGUUUGGGAUGUGUCAUGUAGCUUUGUUGUUCAAGACGCAGCACGUUGGCCGUGGUGGGAAAAGCCACCCCUAGAGUGAUCAGCUGAAUGGCAGCAGCAGAGGUGACAACAGCAGAACAACAAAGAAAAUAACUUGGCUGUGCUUGAAACCGGUUUCUCUCUUUCGCGGCACUUCUGGUGGCGUCUUGCCUUGAAAGCAAAUUUGCCGAUGAACUUUCAUUGGUCCAUCUAGCCCAGCAUUGUGUUUUCUGUGGUGGACGGGGACUGUCCCAAGGCCUUGGAGUCCAGGGGUCAGCAAACUUUUUCAGCAGGGGGCCGGUCCACUGUCCCUCAGACCUCGUGGGGGGCCAGACUAAAUAAAAAUAAAAAUGAACGAAUUCCUAUGUCCCACAAAUAACCCAGAGAUGCAUUUUAAAUAAAAGGGCACAUUCUACUCAUGUAAAAACACCAGGCAGGCCCAACAAAUAAUCCAGAGAUGCAUUUUAAAUAAAAGCGCACAUUCUACUCAUGUAAAAACAUACUGAUUCCCGGACCAUCCGCGAGCCGGAUUUAGAAGGCCAUUGGGCCAGAUCCGGCCCCCGGGCCUUAGUUUGCCUACCCAUGCCUUGGACCAAGAGACCUUUGCUGGCUCUGUUGCCUGCAAUGUUUUUAACUGGAGAAAAGAUUGAAAAUGGUCCCUUCCGCAUGCUCUGCUCCUGAGUCGUGCCCCGUCAUUCUCCACACUUGUCUUGUGUCUUGUCAAGCAUUGUCUCGUUGGUUUCCAGGUACAGCCUCAACUGUUUCCAUCACAGGAAUUAGAUCUGCGGUUUAAAGCCCACAGACUAUCCGAAUGUUGAAUCCCCCGGCUGGAAUUGCCCCUUUUUAGUUGGGAUAUAAAGGGACGCCGGUGGCGCUGUGGGUUAAACCACAGAGCCUAGGACUUGCCGAUUAAAAGUUCGGUGGUUCGAAUCCCCGCAACGGGGUGAGCUCCCGUUGCUCGGUCCCUGCUCCUGCCAACCUAGCAGUUCAAAAGCACAUCAAAGUGCAAGUAGAUAAAUAGGUACUGCUCCGGCAGGAAGGUAAACGGCGUUUCUGUGCGUUGCUCUGGUUCGCCAGAAGCGGCUUAGUCAUGCUGGCCACAUGACCCGGAAGCUGUACACUGGCUCCCUUGGCCAAUAAAGCGAGAUGAGCGCCGCAACCCCAGAGUCGGCCACGACUGGACCUAAUGGUCAGGGGUCCCUUUACCUUUACCUAUUCGGGAUCUAUAGCAAGGAGUUGCUUCCUUCAUCUUCCUGGCUCUGCCAUGAAUUUGCAGGAGAAUAAGAGCCUCACUGUGACUCAUCUAUGUGGGAGUGAGCCUUUUUAUGCACCUUAAAAUUUAAAGAAAAGGUACUGGUUGUUUUCUUUAGCUAUCCAUAGAGUAUUCCAAUUCAUGUAGCCGCUUAACAAGUGCUUAUUUUUCAUUACCAUUUCUAGAGGAGUAGCUGUUUUCCGAAGCAAAAGCAGCAAGGAGCUUUGUGGCACCUUAAAGGUUUAACCAAUGUAUUAUGGUAUAUGGGGCGUUGGAGGCUGUACCUCCGGUGGGGAACACGUUGCCAUUUGUCCACCUUCAGUCCCCAGCCUGCCCUCUGCUCUCACUUAUGGGUCCUUUAAGCUGUCAGUGUGUAGCAGUGGCCACACCCCGGGAAACGGCUUUGACUGGCCGGCUAAACCAGGUGAGCCGAUGGGUCUCAAACUCUCAGUGAGUUAGGGGCUUCUCCCUCAUUCGAAGACAGGCUCUGGAGGAUUGAGCGGAAGAGACCACUAGUCAAGAAGGCGGUUUCUGCACAUGCUGUUGUGAGGAGAACCUACAGGGUUAAACAGCUCAGUGUAUGCGGCCUGCCUUCUGUGGGGCGGAGAGAUCCUGCAACACAUCCGGGAUCUGCAUUUCUUUGUACAGAACUGUAAAUAAAGGGAAGUGAGGGGCAGGUGGGGCUUGUCAAGCAGGAAAGGGAGCCUGUCACGGUCCGGUCUAUGGGCAAUCGAAGUCCUGGCUGAGGACGUUGGGACCGGCGGCAAGAUGGCAGGGUGGGAGCAGGAACGAGAGUCCAGAAGCCAGGGGUUCGAGGGUCAGGAAGCAGGGAGUCACGAAGUCAAGGGUCUGAGGGUCAAGAAGCAAGGUGUGUGAUGGCCUGGGAAUCUGAUUCAGAGGCUGAACUGGAGGAAUCCCAGCCUGCACAGGAGCCCCCGCCUCCAGGGCCGGCUGAGCCGGGGCAGGGCCCUGAAUCUGAAGGGCCCGCACCUCUGCCGGAUCCUCAGGAGCAGACACCAGUUGAAUCCGCUCUGGCUCCGGAGGUGAAUGAGGACCCAUUGCCUGCAGGUGCUCCUCUCCCAGCCCUGUCAGGGGAAGAUGAGCUGCCUCUGGGUCCAGCAACCCUCCGGCCUCUCCUGAGCUGCAGAGGCUCAGGGCAGAGAGGCGGAGGGAACUAAGUUCUAUCAGGAGGAGUGCUCGCCUUUCUAAGGCCAGGAGAGGCGAGUCACCUGUGAGCCGGGACCGCCCUAGGCCCCAGAGGAGAUAAAGGCCAGUCAGCCCAUUCCCAGGUUGCGGGAGCAACGUCAUUGGAAACCUGUUUCUGUCAGCACCCAGACCUGUUCUUCCAGAGUUCCCAACCACGCCCGGCUUCUUGCUUUGGACUCCGCUUCGCCCUUGGUGGACAGUCUCCAGACCCUCGACCCAGGACCGGACUCUGACCACACCUCACGGUAACCCCCCCCGGGACCAGCACACAAGGAGUCACGAAGUCAAGGGUCCGAGGGUCAAGAAGCAGGGAGUCACGAAGCCAAACACAGCAAGGCAGGAAGCGUGUUGCUGUGGCAAAGAGUUGAAUGGAAAUGCUGACCUUAUAUCCCUGCCCGGCUCUAGCCACCAGGUGCAGUGAGUUACCAAGCGACCACACCUGUGCGACCGCGUCUUCCCUCUCCAGAACAAACUUAGGAAGGCCCCAGUCCUGUGAAGCCCUACUGGUUACAGGGCCUGGCUCCUGCACGCACUCCUGACAGAGCCCAUCAAAGAGAAGGAAAACUCUGACUCUAAACCUCCGCUGCCUUCAGCGAUGUCUUCAGGAGAAGAAAAGGCUAAAGAAUAAACCCUACACAAGUCUGGAAUGGAGUCCCUAACUCCCUUCCAUCUGACAAGUCCUGCAGCCAAGUUGGUGCCAAAUGUCUUGGUCUGCUUUCCUUUGGGCCACAUCAGUGAGGCCGAGAGGGGGGUCUUGUCAUCUGGACAGCCCAGGACCUCCAUACACACUGCCAGUGCUUUUUUUCUGGGGGGACGCAGGGGUACGCAUACCCCUAAACAUUUUGUGAAUCUAACGGGAGAAGAAACUGGUUGCUUUUUUAAAAAAAAAAAUUAGUUUCUUCUCUAGCAUGGUGAAUUGUUAGUUCCGUUGCUACCCCCGAUGGUGGCUUCAUUUCCUUUCCCGGCGUUUCCUGAGUCUCAGAGGGAAGCGGGCGUUUAAUGUGUGAAGCAGUGUGGAAUGUGUAUGUGUGGUGUUUUGCUGAUGAAAGUAUUUAUUUUCCCCAAUUUGAACUAUAAAAUGGUGAUUUUCUUGAGUCCAAAUGAGAGUACCCCUAAACAUGUUUUGCGUCCUGGGGAGACCACUUCGGUGGUGCUAAGGCACUUAGCUUGGCCUGGCCUGGUUUCUCUUCUCUUCUUACGCCCUCCUAUUUGAGGCUGGCAUGGAGUCAUGUUUUAAUGGGUCUCUUGUGAACCUUGGCCUUCUUCUCAGAUAGUUCUGGCACCUCUCAGGUGGGCGCUAUUGCCAUUCUAAGAGAAAGGUAAAACGUAAAAAUCCCCGUCAUGGGGAUUCGAACCGCCAACCUUCCGAUGGGCAAGCCCAAGAGUCUCGGUGGUUUAGACCACAGCACCACCCGCGUCCCUAUUCUAAGAGAACAAGGGAGGCGUUCAUGGUGAGUUCCGGCACCUCUUUUGCUAGAAAAAUAGCACUGUAUAUACCAUAUUUUUUGCUCUAUAAGACUCACUUUUUCCCUCCUAAAAAGUAAGGGGAAAUGUGUGUGCGUCUUAUGGAGUGAAUGCAGGCUGCGCAGCUAUCCCAGAAGCCAGAACAGCAAGAGGGAUUGUUGGUUUCACUGCGCAGCGAUCCCUCUUGCUGUUCUGGCUUCUGAGAUUCAGAAUAUUUUUUUUCUUGUUUUCCUCCUCCAAAAACUAGGUGCGUCUUGUGGUCUGGUGUGUCUUAUAGAGCAAAAAAUAUGGUACUGUAUGGGGGGGGAUGGAUUGUCCAAAAAGUGGGUUUUCCCUGAAAAGCAUUGCUUCUAAUAUGCAUUCCCUUCGGGCAAAGGCUUCCCUUCCCUCUUAGGAAACGUCGACUCCCCUGUGCACAUCGACUUUUAAUUUGGCGCGGAUCAGGAGGAGGCAGCAGGAUCCAACGCGAAAAAUGGUGGGGGCUCCUGGCUUCCUUGACCAUUUUUCAUAGCCGCUGCCACGUAAAUAACAGCUGCUGCACGGCGCAGCCUCCCCUCACCGAUGCACUGAAGUGUAAAAACCAUGGCAACAGUUGCCGGGGGCAGGCCUCCGUACCAGGAGAGAGCCAUGCUUGGCGGAGAACAAAAGGAACUACUUUACAAACAGGCCGCAUCACACCUUGCUGGGGGGGGGCGUGGAGAAGGGAGAAGGAUCAAACGCAUGCUGUGCUCAGCUGGCCGUCCUGCUAUACUCAUAAGAGCCAUAACCCUCCUCCUCCUCCUCUACAUUCGAUCAAACACGCUCAUUAUUAUCCCAUUCACAAAACGAUUCCGAGGCCGGAAAAUGUCGGCAGUAUUUCAUUUCUACAGCCCAUUUGUAAAACUCGGGUAGAAAUAAGUGCAGGCGGCGUCUGAAGGCUGGAGGGUUUCUGGGAAGGAGGUGCAAUCACUCAAAAUGCGUGUUGAGAUGGGGAGGAAGACCUGAGGUGAAUGGCAGAGUAGGCCGCAGGCGCGCCGUUGUUGAGUUAGGGUGGCGGGUUUGCUGCAGCAGUAGGAGGGGGCACCUAAAAGCGGCCAUUGUUCAGGUUUGAUGCUGAAGCCGGGCAGGCUGGGGUGGGGAGUUCUUCUAAUCUAGUGUUUCCCAAACUACAGUCUCCAGCUCUAGUUUGCGUGGCGAGUUCCCGCCCCCCCCAGUGCAAAUAAUGACACAUGACACAAUUAUUAAGGUUAAUGGGCUAGAUAAGGCCACAACUUUAUUGGUUACAGGUGAUGAGCAGUAUUGGCUUAGGCAUUGGUCCUAACCUAUUACAGUGGUACCUCGGGUUACAUACACUUCAGGUUACAGACGCUUCAGGUUACAGACUCCGCUAACCCUGAAAUAAUACCUCGGGUUAAGAACUUUGCUUCAGGAUGAGAACAGAAAUUGUGCUCUGGCAGCGUGGCGGCAGCGGGAGGCCCUAUUAGCUAAAGUGGUGCUUCAGGUUAAGAACAGUUUCAGGUUAAGAACAGACCUCUGGAACGAAUUAAGUACUUAACCCGAGGUGCCACUGUAUAUCCGACUUCAGCCCAUCCUCUUGAAGUCCGGAAAGGGUUAACCACCAGUAGGGGGAGUCCUGCCGAUUCACAUCAACUAGGAACUCCCCCGGCGUCACCGAUAGGGGGAAUGCCUUAGGCUUCACCUCCCUAGGCUUCAGACAGGGCCACGCCCCCCAGAAUCCUUUAUCGGACUACCCUUCAAUACGCGGGGCAGGUGAUGGCGCUACCUCCCCUCUUCCAUCUAUAGAACAAUACCAAUGCCUAACCGUCAAUACCAAGAAAACUGUGAUGAUUUGUUGCGAGGUAGGCGAAAGCCAAGUGGCUGGUGCCAGUUUGUCAAGUGGAAAAAUUCCUACCAGACCCCUCAACGGCGACCAACCAAGGUCCAUAGCAAGGUCAAAGAACGAAAACCUUAUAGGGUGGGAAAAGCUGGCAGGCGGCAAAAAGGGAGAUCCCCGGCCACGUCCUGCUUUAAAUAAGGCAGGCCACACCCCCAGAGCCAGCCGAUUGGCUGGUCAGGAGGUGACGCAGCUGGGAAUCCCCCCAAUCGUGCGGGGGCUGGGUUCCAGCCGCCGCACGCAUGGUGGGGCCAUGAAGCCCACAACUCCACCUCCUCCGAAGGGCGGAAGUGGCUUUGGACUACAACUCUCAUCAUCCCUCGCUGGCAGGACCAGUAGUGAGGGAUGAUGGGGAUUGUAGUGCCACUUGCAGUAUUCGGUGCAUGUUUCCAACUUUUUAAUAGACAACAGAGUAGGAGUAGGGAACCCUCUCCUGUGCUGGACCAGCUCUUAAGAAAAAUCGGCUUAAAUUGAUCAAAUACAAAUAGCAACACCAGCAAUCAUAAUUCCCUGCCCCCAUCGCAUACCUCCAACAGUUAAGUGCUAGCAGGGCUGCCGAUUGGGGGGGGUAAAGGGGGGUGCACAUGUACCAGGCCCCAAGCUAGCAGGGACUCCAGACACUUAGCUUUCUUAAAAAAAUAAGUCAAUCAGACACUCCUAAAGAAAGUUAGAAAACAAAACACAGAGGCAGCUUUAAGGUGUUGGCUCAGCAGGCAGCACCAUUGCUAAGGAUGCUUAAUCGCGGUUGCUUAGCAGUCAGAGGAAGGAAUGUUGACCACCCGUAACUGGGACUUAGAAGUGUGCCCUCACAAAGCAGCAAAUAAUUGUAAAUAAAUCCUAUAAUUAAAAUUCCUAUUUGACUGUGCUUUUACACAAGGAUUAUUUUUUGUUUCUUGAGGUUGUCAGAGUGUUGUGUGUGUGUAUAUAUCUAUACUGUGCGACGUAUAUUUGUAUAUUUUCCACCUAGGAGCACAAGGUUAUGUACGUGAUCCUCCCCCUUUUAUAUUUGCGGAAACCCUGUGAAGUAGGCUAGAGUUAAGUGAAUAUAUAAGUACAUAAGCAGCAGAUCUUGUCGAUAGGUUGAUUUGGGGUGAGGGGAUGCAGGGGCCUGAUUCCCAGACAGUAUACUGGGGACCCGAAAUCCUGUUUGCAUUUCUGAGUGCUAGUAGGAUAACACAUUAAAAACACAAUACAAAACAUCAUUAAAAAUGAGGGUUGUUGAGUCAGGGUUGCAAGUGCAUUAUGCGAAGGAUAGAACUGAGCUGGGGCGUGUUUUGUCUGAUUGCGCGAAGGAGACUUAAAUAUUCUUGCAGCUGAGUGCAUUUAUAUGGAUCAAGUGUUUCACGUAUAAAAGACCAUAUGUAUAAUAUCACUGGCAAGAGGUUACAGGGAGGGAAGCAAAUUCAGCACUUUUUUGGAUAUGAUUUCAUCUCUCCUAAACCUAUUUCAAUUUGACAGUUAAAUAGCAGUAUCUGUCAGUCUAAUCCUAACACAUGGGCCUGUUGUGAAAUCACAGGGUAGGGUCUUUUGUUUCUCUGCCACACAUUACGGUCCAGGUCAGGAGGACCUUAAAGGGACCCCUGACCAUUAGGUCCAGUCAUGGCUGACUCUGGGGUUGUGGCGCUCAUCUCGCUUUACUGGCCGAGGGAGUCGGCGUACAGCUUCCGGGUCAUGUGGCCAGCAUGAUUAAGCCGCUUAUGGUGAAACAGAGCAGUGCACGGAAACGCCGUUUACCUUCCCACCGGAGCAGUACCUACUUAUCUACUUGCACUUUGACGUGCUUUCAAACUGCUAGGUUGGCAGGAGCAGGGACCGAGCAACGGGAGCUCGCGGGGAUUCGAACUGCCGACCUUCUGAUCGGCAAGUCCUAGGCUCUGUGGUUUAACCCACAGCGCCACCCGCGUCCAGUUGGCCCGAUUAAGAAGGAAAUUUGACAAAUGGUAACAUGCUUAUUGAAAAUCAUGCUACUUCUGUUUCAAAUGGCUCCCAGUGGACCCAGUUGAGUCUGAGGGUUGUGAAAGGCACUUUCCCAAUAGGCAAAUUAAGCACAUAACAUGGGGGUGAUAGCCGCUGCUAGUCAUGCUCUGAGUAGACCCAUUGAAAUCCCAUUGCACAAGUAACUUAAGCCUGUUGAUUUCAAUGGAUCUACUCUGAUCAUGACUAACAUUGACUAUCACUCAUCGUGUAUCGUUUGUCCAUUAAUGCGGCAUUCAGAACAGAGGAACUGCUUUGGAAGAGCCCUGGAUCUUCUAGAGACGGGUAGUUUUGCAUGAUCUGAAGGCUCAUACUGCUGCUGCAGUUUUGAUGAAGCAAAACAGGUCUGAGACUUCAUUUUGGUUUUGUUGUUUAGUCGUUUAGUCGUUUCCGACUCUUCGUGACCCCCUGGACCAGAGCACGCCAGGCACUCCUGUCUUCCACUGCCUCCCGCAGUUUGGUCAAACUCAUGCUGGUAGCUUCGAGAACACUGUCCCACCAUCUCGUCCUCUGUCGUCCCCUUCACCUUGUGCCCUCCAUCUUUCCCAACAUCUGGGUCUUUUCCAGGGAGUCUUUUCUUCUAAUGAGGUGGCCAAAGUAUUGGAGCCUCAGCGUCACGAUCUGUCCUUCCAGUGAGCACUCAGGGCUGAUUUCCUUCAGAAUGGAUAGGUUUAAUCUUCUUGCAGUCCAUGGGACUCUCAAGAGUCUCCUCCAGCACCAUAAUUCAAAAGCAUCAAUUCUUUGGCGAUCAGCCUUCUUUAUGGUCCAGCUCUCACUUUCAUACAUCACUACUGGGAAAACCAUAGCUUUUACUAUACGGACCUUUGUUGGUGAUGUCUCUGCUUUUUAAGAUGCAUUUAGCUCCGUGGAAUAAAGGCGAAGUCUGAAAGUUGUGUGAUAGGGAAGAAUUGCAAUGCCAACUGAUCUCCAGAGAAUUCAGCCCAUUUUUUCCUCUCUCGGUCCUCGAGGGAAACGGCAUAUGACUGGGUGCACCUUGACUUUUGUGGAGGAAGCACCUAUUCUCUCCGAGCUGAAAGACUGAUCUGAGAAUAAGAUUAUGCAGCCCCGGAUAAUAAGUGUUUAAAUAAAUCGUCAAGUUAAUCGAAACAGAAGAGCCAAGGAGAGGUGGAAAAUGAGCUUGAAUUAAAAAUAUUAAGGAACAGAUGUGACAUUUAAGUGAGCAGAUUAAUGGAAUAAUCUGUAAAAAUGAAACUCUGGGGUAGGGGGAGAGAUUCCCUCGCUGAAGCAGCAAUCUGUGGCGGAGUGUUUUAUGAACAAGUUGCUGUGACACUUAAAGCCUCAGCCCAAAUGCCUCAUGUGCCCCUUACGGCCUCCAUCUCAUUUCCACUGGUUCAAGUUACGCUAGUCAUAUUUCACUUCCAGUUGCAUUGCUUGAUUAUACAGUGGUUUUCCAACAUCCAUCUGCCGCUUACGGUCCUGAAAUGUUUCUUGCGUAUUAAGCUCAUGCGGUAGCAGGCACUUCUUGCUUACAUUAAAAGGCUUGUUUCCUUCCCGCUGCCAUUUUUUCAGAUGCCUCUUUCUUCCAAAGCCUUUCGCCUCGAUAAGAACUGGAAAUGUUCAUUGCAGUUCACUGCAAGCCCAAAGGUGCAUAACCAUUAUUUCAUAUUCAACGAGGUCCUUAUGCCUUUGCUCGCAAUGGAAGUUUACAUAAAGCCUACAAGAAACACUACUAAAAGCAGGGGUCAGCAACCGUUUUCAGCCAUGGGCCGGUCCACCGUCCCUCAGACCUUGUGGGGGGCCGGACUAUCUUUUGAAAAAAUAAAUAAAUGAACGAAUUCCUAUGCCCCACAAAUAACGCAGAGAUGCAUUUGAAAUAAAAGCACACAUUCUAGUCAUGUAAAAACACCAGGCGGCCCCACAAAUAACCCAGAGAUGCAUUUUAAAUAAAAGGACACAUUCUACUCAUGUAAAAACAUGCUGAUUCCUGGACCGUCUAUGUGCCGGAUUGAGAAGGUGAUUGGGCCGCAUCUGGCCCACAGACCUUAGGUUGCCUGUUGUGAUUGUUUACUCGUUUAGUCGUGUCCGACUCUUCGUGACCCCAUGGACCAGAGCACACCAGGCACUCCUGUCUUCCAGUGUCUCCCGCAGUUUGGUCAGACUCAUGUUUGUAGCUUCGAGAACACUGUCCCACCAUCUCGUACUCUGUCGCCCCUUCUCCUUGUGCCCUCCAUCUUUCCCAAUAUCAGGGUCUUUCCCAGGGAGUCUUCUCUUCUCAUGAAGUGGCCAAAGUAUCGGAGCCUCAGCUUCAGGAUCUGUUCUUCCGGUGAGCACUCAGGGCUGAUUUCCUUCAGAAUGGAUCGGUUUGAUCUUCUUGCAGUCCAUGGGACUCUCAAGAGUCUCCUCCAGCACCAGAAUUCAAAAGCAUCAAUUUUUUGGCGAUCAGCCUUCUUUAUGGUCCAGCUCUCACUUCCAUACAUCACUACUGGGAAAACCAUCGCUUUAACUAUACGGACCUUUGUUGGCAAGGUGAUGUCUCUGAUUUUUAAGAUGCGGUCUAGGUUUGUCAUAGCUUUUCUCCCAAGAAGCAGGUGUCUUUUAAUUUCGUGACUGCUGUCACCGUCUGCAGUGAUCAUGGAGCCCAAGAAAGUAAAAUCUCUCACUGCCUCCAUUUCUUCCCCUUCUAUUUGCCAGGAGGUGAUGGGCCCAGUGGCCAUGAUCUUCGUUUUGCCUACCCCUGACUAAAAGGAAGAAAGACUCUCCAUUCUCCUUAUCAAUUAAGAAUGUUGCCUAUCAUGAACAGAAAGCUUGAUUUCUCUCCACUCCUUGAUCCUUCUCUUUCUGUCACAUGAUAUCGCUUUUCUGUUUCCAGCAUUACAAAAAUACUUCCCUUCUUUCUUACUGAGACCUCAGCAAAGACACUGGUCUAAGGGCCUGGUUGUUUCUCAAUCUAACUGCAAUCUUGUCCUGUUCUUCUGUUGACUUGCCUUCAUCCAUUCAUGCCCACGCUGCAUUUUGUUGCCUAAAUCCUCCUCUUCCCAAGAGGCCAUUGCUCAGAGCGGAAGCUUUUUGAGGCAGCGUGGCGUAGUGGUUAGAGUGUCAACCUGGGACUUUGGUAUGAAGGUUCAGAUCUCUCCAUGAAGGUCCCUGCAUGACCUUGGACCAGUCAUUGACUCUCAGCGCCUGACCUACCUCACAGGGUUGUCGUGGGGAUUAAAUGAGGAGGGGGGAAAGUGGGCAUAAAUGCAACAAACAAAAGGGGUUCUUGCAUGAUCUGACUUCCAGCAAGAACAAAUUUGAUACUUAGUGUGGCACCUCUUAUUUUGACAUUUAAAAUAACCUAGCAAAGUCUCCUUUCCCCCCCAAUUAAUUUUGAUUGUGUUUCAAAGAUUUUUUUAACAAUUCAACUUCAAAUUCAAUACAAAUUCAAAAGAAUUUUUAUAAGCUGACUUCCCGCCCUUCUUCCCAGGGGUUUCCAUUCCUGCCCUUUCCUGCUGCAUUAUAUAGCAUACUUUCUACCUGUUGCAUAUCCCCUUCGUCACAAUUCAUUGUUCCUUUAUUUUCGGCUUAUUUCAGUUCAUUACCUAAUUCCCAUCUGCAGUUAUUAUUUAAAAUGAAAUAAAACGGACCUGGGUGGCGUUGUGGUAUAAACCACUGAGCCUCUUGGGCCUGCCGAUCAGAAGGUCAGCGGUUCAAAUCUCCGUGACAGGGUGAGCUCCCGUUGCUCUGUCCCAGCUCCUGCCAACCUAGCCGUUCGAAAGCACACCAGUGUGAGUAGAUAAAUAGGUACUGCUAUGGCGGGAAGGUAAACGACGUUUCCGUGAGCUCGUUUCCGUCACAGUGUCCCGUUGCGCCAGAAGCGGUUUAGUCCUGCUGGCCACAGGACCCGGAAAGCUGUCUGUGGACAAACGCCGGCUCCCUUGGCCUGAAAGGGAGAUGAGCGCCGCAACCCCAUAGUCGCCUUUGACUGGACUUCACUGUCCAGGGGUCCUUUACCUUUUUUUUACCUUACCUAUUAUUUCGAAUGAAUUAACCUCGUAAAGUCUUGAUGCUCCACGUUGAGUGUUCCCGUGUGAACGGGGGACAUGGUUUUGUAUUCCCAGCACACAAGAUGUUGCAGAAGUUGCAUGUGGCGGCAUUGCGAGCUCACAUGCUCCGGACUUGGGAGUUUCCAAAUGGACACACCCUUUGUCCCGUGCAACGAUUUGGAUGGGAAAAUGGAGAGGAGGAAGCCUCAAGAUUGUCGUGCUCCUCCUCUAGCCUCUUGCAGAUGUUACACAUCCUCCCUUGUAACUACGGAGGUGUAAACCAGACGCACCCUUUUGGUCUUUAGCCAUUCUGACCAGGAGGGAAACAUAAGAACGUCUUUCUUGCGCUGUGAUGCUAAGAUGACCAAAUUGUCUGAUGAAAUCCUAUUAAGGCAAGAUGAUCCCUUCGCUAUUGAGCAUGCAACAGCUGGCAAGUAACUUCGUUGUUUUUGUUUGGUGGGGUUCCUGUUUAUUUCUGCAGACGUGCGUAUUCCACACAGGUAAAUACCGUAUUUUUCGCUCUAUAAGACGCACCAGACCACCAGACGCACCUAGUACAGUGGUGCCCCGCAAGACGAAUGCCUCGCAAGACGGGAAACCCGCUAGACGAAAGGGUUUUCCGUUUUUGAGUUGCUUCGCAGGACGAAUUUCCCUAUGGGCUUGCUUCGCAAGACGAAAAUGUCUUGCGAGUCUAGAGAUUUUUUUUUCGCUUCCCCCUUUAUCUAAUCUGCUAAGCCUUUAAUAGCCUUUAAUAGCCUUUUAGCAGCUAAUCCCUAAGCCUUUAAGCCUUUAAUAGCCGCUAAACCGCUAAUAGCGCUAAUCCGUUAAGCCGCUAAUAGGGUUGCUUCGCAAGACGAAAAAACCGCUAGACGAAGACUCUCGCGGAACGGAUUAAUUUCGUCUUGCGAGGCACCACUGUAUUUGGAGGAGGAAAACAAGAAAAAAAAAAUCUGAAUCUCAGAAGCCAGAACAGCAAGAGGGAUCGCUAUGCAGUUAAAGCAGCAAUCCCUCUUGCUGUUCUGGCUUCUGGGAUAAGACGCACACACAUUUCCCCUUACUUUUUAGGAGGGAAAAAGUGAGUCCUAUAGAGCAAAAUAUACGGUAUAUACUCCGUGUGAGAAAUGAACUAGAGCUGCUUGCAUUUUCAGUCAGCAGGUGGCGCCUUGUGAGGCAAAAUAAAAAUGGACGCUUUAGAAUGACAGCAAUAGGACUCAAGGGCUUCAUUUAAAACCUUGCAGUAUCUUUACCUGCCCUGCAAUUGUCUUUUGUAGAAGUUGGAUUGCAGCAAAAUUUACAGGACACCGAAGUAUCUCUGAGCCUAAUGAGUUCCAUUUCUCUUCCCAGCAACCCCAAAAUACAAGUCGCUGCGAUUGAGGGAGGCGCUUUGCAAAAACUGCUGGUGAUUUUGGCCACAGAUCAGCCCCUGGCUGUGAAGAAAAAGGUAAGGGGAGAGCAAUAUGUGCUUGGCUGUCUUUCAGGAGCAGCUUGGAUAAUUGCAUUUUGUACGAGAACGCCUGUAGACCUCUGUAGGUGGACGUACGUAGACCUAAGGCUAGGUUGUGUUUUGGCUGUGCAAACAGAUCAGGCCAAUGCACCGAACAAGAGUCACCCCUCAAAUUAAAAAUGGUUGCAUCCCUUCACUGGACAGCUAAGUUUAGCUCCUUAGGCUGCAAUCUUCCUCCUGCAAUAGCCAGACCUAAUCAUUUCCAGACUUGAUAAUCUCACUUAAUUUGAGAGGGCCGGUUAUCUGACGUGCUUUUGCACAGCUAUAGUAUCAGACCACUUAGAGAGGCAUCUGUCCCAGUGGUUCCCAGCAUAUGUUAGAUUGAAAAUGACACUAUGGAGGGAAAAUACUAUAUUAUAUAUAUUUUCGUGCUGAAUUAGUUCAGUGUUGGGUGCUUGUAGAAGAUGGGUUUUGCAGGACUAUUUGCAACCUUAUCAGGAUUGCAAAUUUACUCAGGAAGUUGGUUAUCCUCUGCCGCCUUUUGUAUGUCACGUGUGUAGGUCCGAGCACAUUUUUCUCCUUGUGGGAUCUGAAAAAAAUGUCCUUCCUAUUCCACCGUGAACCAAAUUCUCAGUCAGCUACAAUCUAAAGCAUGCCCCAGAGCUCCAAUGCUGUAUUUUGAAAUAAAAUUAGCUUUGAGAGAGCAGGAAACAGUGAGAUGGGAGUAUGUGUGGCCUAGAGAUAUAUUAGAGAUAUAUUAUAUUAACACGUUCCCCCUUCCACACACUUUUUGUUGGGUUCUCCUCUGUCCUCUAAUCUGAAUAGGAUCCCAAGAUAAGGAAAAGCAAGUACAUCUAGGUUCCACCUCCUACUGGCAAAACUGGGCACCUGAUUAUUUCAAAUUAAUUUUUCACGGCAAUCAAGGCUGCGGGUUUGAUCCUGGUAUGGGAACAGCUGCAUAUUCCUGCAAUUGCAGGGGGUUGGACUAGAGGAGGAGAAGAAGAAGAGUUUGGAUUUGAUAUCCCGCUUUAUCACUACCCAAAGGAGUCUCAAAGCGGCUCACAUUCUCCUUUCCCUUCCUCCCCCACAACAAACACCCUGUGAGGUGAGUGGGGCUGAGAGACUUCAGAGAAGUGUGACUAGCCCAAGGUCACCCAGCAGCUGCAUGUGGAGGAGCGGGGAAGCGAACCCGAUUCACCAGAUUACGAGUCCACCGCUCUUAACCACUACACCACACUGGCCCUCGAGGUCUCUUCCAACUCUACAAUUGGGUGAAAGUCCAACAUUUCAUAAGAAUGUAGGGAGGGCAGGCUGCGUCUGUUAACUGGAGUCAAUGUAUAGCCAUCAUGUGCAAGGGUCUUUAUGUACAGUGGUGCCUUGGGUUAAGAACUUAAUUUGUUCUGGAGGUCUGUUCUUAGCCUGAAACUGUUCUUAACCUGAAGCACCACUUUAGCUAAUGGGGCCUACUGCUGCCGCGGCACUGCCGGAGCACGAUUUCUGUUCUCAUCCUGAAGCAAAGUUCUUAACCCGAGGUACUAUUUCUGGGUUAGCAGAGUCUGUAACCUGAAGCGUCUGUAACCUCGAGGUACCACUGUAUUCCAGUUGUCUUUAGUUCUUACGUUGUGCUAAUUGAAUUUAUUCUCUGCUGCAAUAUUAAUAACAACAACAACAAUAAUUCGAGCAUGGCUAUUCUCUGGGAAUUAUAAAGGAAGCACAAUUGCAUGCUCAUUCCUGGAUUACAUUGCCAUUUGCUAGGAUUGGCUUUUUGUGAUUGCGACCGCAGCACCGAGGCUCUUUGAAAGGGAAGGCGCUCUCAUUGCGUGGUCUGUUUUCUAGAGCGCUGCGGGGCAGAUUGCCCUGUACGGUACAGACUUUGAGGAAGGAGACUUAACUCAGCCCACUGGCAGGCUUGAAUUUCGGAGGCUAACGAACAUCGGAGUAGACAUUCAGGGGAUGAGAUAAUUGCUUCAUGCAGUUCAGUAAUCUGCCUCCAGCAGUGACCAAUAUCGGAUGCUUUUGUAAGGGGCAAGGCCUGAUAAAGCCCCCAGCUAAAUGUUCAGGACUGAUGGGCCCGAGAGGGUCGGUGCUUUGCUGCUUCUUCAGCGAUCAAUUUAUUCCCUGGUGCAUGAGAUCCAGUUACCCUUAUCUUAUCCAGCAGAGUUACAGUUGUUGUUGCCAGCCACAAAUGUUCCCCCAUAAACCUCCGAGCCUCUGCGUUUAAUUCAGAGACCCUUUUGCAACAGCAGAGUAAAUAGGUAUCGCCUUGUAUUAAUUCGUGAGGCUCUACUGUAUUCAGGGCUGCACUGCCAAGAAUGUUACAAAGGCUGCCCUGGGAUAGGUCUCCCUUCUCCCCGUGUUUAGAACCCCCAGUUUCUCUGGAUGUGUGCUUGCCACAGGGAAACAAAAAAAGGUACAAGAGACUGAUGGAUAGGUUCAUGUAACAGUGAAAUGCUUCCCGGGGGAGAUUCCCUCACUAGAUGCAGACCCUUAUAUAAAGCUGAAAUAUAUUUACGGCAUGUUCCUGAAAGCUGCACUGAGUGUAUUGUUAAUCUGACAAAGUGUUCUAACCGUCUCCUGGAGGGAAGGAAGGCAGAGAGUGGAGAACGUCCUCGUUCAGUCCACCAAAGUUACGUUCUUGUAGUAUAUUGUCGGGUUUUUUGUUUUGUUUCUAAUGUUUGUCUCCAUCUCAGGUGUUUAGCAGCAUCCACAUAGUAGAGGGGUGUGUGUUUGUGUUUGGAAUUAUUUCUUCUUCUUCUUCUUCUUCUUCUUCUUCCUCCUCCUCCUCCUCCUCUUCUUCUUCCUCUUCUUCUUCUUCUUCCUCUUCUUCAUCUUCAUCUUCAUCUUCUUCUUCUUCUUCUUCUUCUCCACCUCCUCCUCCUCCUCCACCACCUCCAUUUUACUGCACUAGAGGGCUUGUUCUGCAAAUUGCUUCGAGAACCAAUGUGCUACAGUGGUUGGAGUGUCAGACCUCUGGAGACCAGGGUUCAAAUCCCCACUCAUCCAUGGAACUCACUGGGUGACUUUGGGCCAGUCACUGCCUCUCAGACUAAUCUGCCUCACGUGGUUCUUGUGGGGAUUAAACGAAGAAGGGAAGAACCUUUUGUGGGGAUCACACAGGGUCCCCGGACGUUUAACGGUCUAUUGAUCCCUGUGCCACCACUGUGCUCGCUUCCCCGCUGCCACCAACCUGUUACUCUCGGGUAAAACACUGAGUCCAGACAGUUGUUAAAAGUGAACCAAAUAAACAAGUUUAUUUUAUAAGCCUUAACAAGUUUAUGGUUUCUCAGAUAAUAUUCCUGUCAUUUUCUUAACUUUAGUUUCUUUGCCGGCCUAUACCUUCCUGAUACCUUCUGACUGAUUAUCUCUACUGUUUGACUGACUCCUCUUAACAGAUUCUCUCCCUCUCUCACAUCAGACUAGCCAACCCACAGACUUAUCCUCUCUGCCUCUUCUCUAACUCCAGACUGACUUCUCAACAACUCUAACUCCUAACUCCUCCCCUUGGGUUCCCAUUGGUUAGUCAUUUUACAAUUAGUUAACCCUUUCCUUAUGAACCCAGUAUGAUGUCACACACCUAGGAGGGCAAACGCCACACCAUGUAGUGCCACCUUGAGCUCCUUGAAGAAAAGGGCGGGAUUGAAAUGCAACAGACACACAAAUAAAGAUAAAUAUUCACACCAUGCUCACUGCUGACUGGUUCUCCCAAGUUGCAAAGUACAGCGGUACCUCGGGUUACAGACGCUUCAGGUUACAGAUGCUUCAGGUUACAGACUCCACUAACCCAGAAAUAGUACCUCGGGUUAAGAACUUUGCUUCAGGAUAAGAACAGAAAUCGUGCUCCGGCAGCAGGAGGCCCCAUUAGCUAAAGUGGUACCUCAGGUUAAGAACAGUUUCAGAUUAAGAACGGACCUCCAGAACGAAUUAAGUUCUUAACCCGAGGUACCACUGUACUUGCUCAAUACCUCUUGUGAUGGUUUGACCCCUGAGAGCCAGUGUGGUGUAGUGGUUAAGAGCGGUAGACUUGUAAUCUGGUGAACCGGGUUCGAUUCCCCGCUCCUCCACAUGCAGCUGCUGGGUGACCUUGGGCCAGUCACACUUCUCUGAAGUCUCUCAGCCCCACUCACCUCACAGAGUGUUUGUUGUGGGGGAGGAAGGGAAAGGAGAUUGUUAGCCGCUUUGAGACUCCAGGGAUAAAGCGGGAUAUCAAAUCCAAACUACUACUCUUCUUCUUCUUCUUCUUCUUCUUCUUCUUCUUCUUCUUCUUCUUCUUCUUCUUCUUCACAGCCCCCUAAAGAAGCUACAUAGGAAGGCUCAUUAAUAAGCCAUAGCUCACAUCCUACUGCAAGCUUGCCUUGGAGACAGGCUGCUGUAAAAGGAUUGGCUCUAACUCUUGCUGGGUCCUGAGGAGGCAUGGGGAUUUUAACCCCAAGGACUUCAGGCCAGCCCAAUUAACCUAUCCAGGUGUCUCAAGCCCCUUGGCACGCGCUAAGAUCCUGCAGAGUAUUUCUGUGUCAAUGCUUUGGACUGUCUCCAUUGCAGGCAAGCAGCCCUGGUAAGGAGGGGUCACCUGAUUGUCUGUGACUGUGUCCUUCCUCGCCCCAACACACAAACACACAGAGCUGCUGGAGAAAAUAGCAAGGGGUGAUUGACACGUGACUUUGUGGGAAAACAGCUCUGAAGAAUUGUAAAAGCGAAAGGGGAAUCGCUAGUAAGGGCCACAAGAGAGGGCGAGACGUGGCCAGAAAGGGAGGACGUUGCAAGAUGUCUCGCUAGGAAGUCAGAUUUGUAGGUUUUCCGUGAGGUAUACGUCCUCCAGCAAAACCAAAUAAUAAUAAAAGGGCUGCUAGCGACUGUGUGUAGUCUGCAAAGGGGCGCUCCUUUUUAUGAGGCAGCAGUUUGAGUGAGGAACUGGCAGACCUGACGCUACCUGUCCACCCUCCACACAGAAUUUCUUCCUAUCCCUGCUCUGAACAAAAGGAAGAUUGGAUCAGCACUCGUCGGGACUGUGCCUUGCAUUAGCAUUUAACCCAGGGCGCAGUGCUUAAAGGUAAAGGUAAAGGGACCCCUGACCUUUAGGUCCAGUCGCGACCGACUCUGGGGUUGCGGCGCUCAUCUCGCUUUACAGGCCUAGGGAGCCAGCGUACAGCUUCCGGGUCAUGUGGCCAGCAUGACUAAGCCACUUCUGGCGAACCAGAGCAGCGCACGGAAACGCCGUUUACGUUCCCACUGGAGUGGUACCUAUUUAUCUACAUGCACUUUGAUGUGCUUUUGAACUGCUAGGUUGGCAGGAGCAGGGACCAAGCAACGGGAGCUCAUCCCGUCGCAGGGAUUCGAACCGCCAACCUUCCGAUCAGCAAGUCCUAGGCUCUGUGGUUUAACCCACAGCGCCAUCCGCAUCCCUUAACACCCCUCAAAAUUCCAGUACAGCGAGAACAUGAUUGAGAUUUACUUCCCACUGAUUUGCGGUGCAGUGGGAAUUGAAACAUCACAGCCUAGCUUUGCUGCAGCCUAGAUAAAGAAGAGGAGGAGGAGGAAGAAGAAGAAGCACCCGCUAAAUUGCUGGAGAGAAAGUAAUAGAUGAAGAAGCUGAACUGGAGGGGACAGGACCCUGCGUGCUCAUUUCUUCCUAGAAAGAGCACGGGAAGACGUUUAACAUUGGCUGUCGAGGGCAAGCCGGGAGCUCUGAUUUUCUGGGACUCUAACCAGAGGGCACCAUCUUCCACGUUUUAUAAUACAUGCAGAAGAGCCAAAGGAGUUCCGCAGUCCUCGGGUUGUAUGCGGUUUCCAUCCGAAAUGUCACCCUGAAAUUGUGUCUAAAUAAAAUUCUAUCCAGAGAGCUUUAUUGGGAUCUCUCCUAUGGCUGCUAAUUGAAACAUGUGGAAAGGCUCUGUGUCUCUCCAGCCAGCCCCAGCCUCAUGCUACGCAGCUCAGAACGCCUAAAGUUUCCCUGCUCUUCCAUCUGAUCAAAGUCCCUUCCUUCCACUUGGCUUCUUCUAGCUUUUAAAAGUGCCCCCCUUCUAUGUAGCUUCAUAAAAAUGGGAAGAGGCAGAACUUGUAUUCUACUACUACAACUACUACUACUAGUACAGUGGUACCUCAGGUUAUAGAUGCUUCAGGUUACAUACGCUUCAGGUUACAGACUCUGCUAACCCAGAAAUAGUAUCUCGGGUUAAGAACUUUGCUUCAGGAUGAGAACAGAAAUUGCGCGGCGACAGCGGAAGGCCACGUUAGCUAAAGUGGUGUCUCAGGUUAAGAACAGUUUCAGGUUAGGAGAAGCAGGACUAAGAUGUGGAGAUAUGCUUCAGAGAUCCAGACCGUGGGGAACUCCGAGAAAUUAAUAAAUACAAUUUGGACUAUAAUUUUUUUAUUUUAUUUUAUUGUAGUUUUUUAUUUUCAUUGAAGUACAGUGGUACCUCGCAAGACGAAUGCCUCGCAAGACGAAAAACUCGCAAGACGAAAGAGUUUUUCGUUUUUUGAGUUGCUUCGCAAGACGAAUUUCCCUAUGGGCUUGCUUCGCAAGAGGAAAACGUCUUGCGAGUUUGUUUCCUUUUUCUUAAAACUGUUAAUACCAUUAAAACCCUGCUUCGCAAGACGAAAAAACUCGCAGAACGAAUUAAUUUCGUCUUGCGAGGCACCACUGUAUUAUGAUUGGAUAUUCAAUUGGAUGGUUUUUUAUUGGAAAAUCAAUAAAAAUUAUUUUUUAAAAAAAGAACAAUUCAGGUUAAGAACGGACCUCCAGAACGAAUUAAGUUCUUAACCCGAGGUACCACUGUAGUAGUAAUAAUAAUAAUAAUUUAUUGAAAGAUUUUUAUAAUAAGAGAAAAGGAAGGAAGGAAAGAAGAAAACCUAGCAUUGGUGAUGGAGAAGAGAUAGCUGUGCGAGGGAAGAGAGCCUGUUUUCUACUCGGUCUGCGUAGGGGGUGGGGGUCUGUGAAAGUCUGCAAAAUAUUGUGAAGCCAGUAGGGAAUGCCAGGUUCCUGGGCAUUUUCAGAAACCAAAAAGUAUUGUUAUUUAUAAAUGACUGUUAUUAUAAUCUUUGAGGCCGUGUCCCGGAGCGAAAACCUCUUUAGUGGAUUCCUUCAGACUCUGGCUCUACGAAUUCCCCAAAGCGAAACCGUGAUGAAAAUACAGUGGUACCUCGGGUUACAUACACUUCAGGUUACAGACUCCGCUAACCCAGAAAUAUUACCUCGGGUUAAGAACAGGUUGAGAACAGAAAUCGUGCUCCAGCAGCGUGGUGGCAGCGGGAGGCCCCAUUAGCUAAAGUGGUGCUUCAGGUUAAGAACAGUUUCAGGUUAAGAACAGACCUCUGGAAUGAAUGGUACAGUGGUGCCUCGCAAGACGAAAUUAAUCCGUUCCGCGAGUGUCUUCGUCUAGCGGUUUUUUCGUCUUGCGAAGCAACCCUAUUAGCGGCUUAGCGGAUUAGCGCUAUUAGCGGUUUAGCAGCUAUUAAAGGCUUAGCGGAUUAGCGGAUUAGCUGCUAAAAGGCUAUUAAAGGCUUAGCGGCUUAGAUAAAGGGGGGGAAAAGCGAGAAAAAAAAUCUCAAGACUCGCAAGACAUUUUCGUCUUGCGAAGCAAGCCCAUAGGGAAAUUCGUCCUGCGAAGCAACUCAAAAACGGAAAACCCUUUCGUCUAGCGGGUUUUCCGUCUUGCGAGGCAUUCGUCUUGCGGGGCACCACUGUACUUAACUCGAGGUACCACUGUAUAGACAAAUUGUUUAUUAGGGGCAAAGGAGGUGUCGGGGGGCACGUGCCGGAGGAGUUGUGCGGGAAAGCUUUUGGCAGACCAGAAGCGUCGCCAACGCCCUUGUUGUGUUUCUUCCCAGGCUCUCUUUGCUUUGUCGUCCAUGCUGCGGCAGUUUCCCUACGCUCAGCAGCAGUUCCUCAAGCUUGGAGGCCUUCAAGUGCUUCGGCAUCUCUGCACAGAGAAAGGGACGGAGAUGUUGCACAUCCGCAUUGUGACACUUCUCUAUGACUUAGUCGUGGAAAAGGUAAGCGGAGCUGCUGUGCGGCACAGAUUAGCGGGAGUAAUAAUAAUAAUAAUAAUUUUUAUUUAUACCCCGCCUUCCCCAGCCAAGGCUGGGCUCAGGGUGGCUAACAAGCAAUAAUAAAAAUAAGUUGAACGAAUACAACUUAAAAACGAGAUUAAAAUACAACAUUAAAAUAUUGAAACAUUAAAAUAUUAAAAUGCAGCCUCAUCACAGGAGGAGAAAGAAAAAAGGAAAAAGAAAGAGGGGGAGGGAAUCAAAUUGGCUCCAAGCCAAAGGUCAGGCGGAACAACUCUGUCUUACAGGCCCUGCGGAAAGAAAUCAGAUCCUGCAGGGCCCUGGUCUCAUGAGGCAGAGCGUUCCACCAGACCGGAGCCAGAGUUGAAAAGGCCCUGGCUCUGGUUGAAGCUAAUCUAACUUCCUUAGGGCCCGGGACCUCUAGGGUGUUGCUAUUUAUGGACCUUGAGGCUCUCCGUGGGGCAUACCGGGAGAGGCGGUCCCCAGGUGUAGUGGUUAAGAGCGGUAGUCUCGUAAUCUGGGGAACCGGGUUCGCGUCUCCGCUCCUCCACAUGCAGCUGCUGGGUGACCUUGGGCCAGUCACACUUCUCUGAAGUCUCUCAGCCCCACUCACCUCACAGGGUGUUUGUUGUGGGGGAGGAAGGGAAAGGAGAAUGUUAGCCGCUUUGAGACACCUUCAGGUAGUGAUAAAGUGGGAUAUCAAAUCCAAACUCUUCUUCUUCUUCAGGUAUUUAUUUAUACCCUGCCCAUCUGGCUGGGUUUCCCCAGCCACUCUGGGCGGCUUCCAACAGAACACUAAAAUACAAUAACAGCGGGGACGAGUCAGGUGUCCCUGGAAGGAGAAAUUCAUCCAAACCCUCCUUUUAGCGGGGGGUGGGGUGGGGGAAGAGAGAGAGAGAGUGAGAGCUGUAUUUUCAUCACUACAGGAGUAGAAUAACUGGAACGGUGGAGUCGAAUAAGUGUGACCUCCUUCCAUUGGCAGGUGGCUGUUCACCUGUCAGUCACUGACACCACGACAGCAUCAGGUGGCAACUUGCUAGAGUCUCCCCAGCUCUCAUCCAUUUUAAAAAUGAUUCACCUAACACCCCUUAUAGAAAUCCUGCAAGUUAGGGCAUUAUUACUGUCCCCCUGCAAGAAGGUGGCUGGCUUCCUGCUGCCUGGCUAAUUCGUCCAAAGACAGAAAUUCAAACUAAGUCUUCCAGAGUUUCAGCUCCAAAUCUGCUUGCUCAAACCUCGUGUGUCUCCUCUGGAAAAGGCAAUUAUCUUGCUCUGUAUCGAUGACUCAUCAUUGCCCAGAAUCUCUUUACAGGGAAAACUUUGCAAAAGCCGUGGACGAUUGCUUUUGGCAUGCCGCGAUGCAGCAAGUUACAAAUUAGAGGCCAUCCUCUGAAGGCAUUAUUCUGUUUAUUGAAUACUUCCUUUUGCUACAGCUCAGUAGUGUGACAUUUAGGGACGCGGGUGGCACUGUGGGUUAAACCACAGAGCAUAGGACCUGCCGAUCAGAAGGUCGGCGGUUUGAAUCCCUGCAACGGGGUGAGCUCCCGUUGCUCAGUCCCUGCUCCUGCCAACCUAGCAGUUCGAAAGCACAUCAAAGUGCAAGUAGAUAAAUAGGUACCGCUCCGGCGGGAAGGUAAACGGCGUUUCCGUGCGCUGCUCUGGUUUGCCAGAAGCGGCUUAGUCAUGCUGGCCACAUGACCCGGAAGCUGUACACCAGCUCCCUCAGCCAAUAAAGCGAGAUGAGCGCCACAACCCUAGAGUCGGUCAUGACUGGACCUAAUAGUCUGGGGUCCCUUUACCUUUACCUAGUGUGACAUUUUCGUAGAUAGGUUUGUUUAGUGGACAGAUGGGGGAACCCUGUGGCCCUCCAAAUAUGAAGUUCGACUCCCCAACCUGCACUGCCCUUGGCCAGCAUGGUGCAAAGGUCAGAACGAUGGGAGAUCAGCUGUAGAGCAAUGACUUAUGGAGGACAGAAGGUUCUCCACUCCUAAUUUAGUGCAUGGCUGAUAUCACCUGCUGGAAGUUUCAUCCAGUUCCUCAGCUGAUGAUGGAAGGAGAUGAAAACUGCAUCUCAAGGUGCAGUUGAACCUGCCUAUGUUGUUUAACCCAUUGCAGAUGAGCUUGGGCACGACCUACUUCCUCAAAAGCCAUUGGCUUGGCUCAAUAAUAAUAAUAAUAAUAAUAAUAAUAAUAAUAAUAAUAAUAAUACAGUCAUACCUCAGGUUCAAUGUGCUUCAGGUUGAGCGCUUUUGGUUGUGCUCCAUGGCAACCCGGAAGUAACGGAGCACGUUACUUUCGGGUUGCGCCGCUCACACAUGCACAGAUGUUCAAAAUGAUGUCACGCGCAUGCGUGGAAGUGGCAAAACACAACCCGCGCACGCACAGACGCGCCGUUGCAUCUUACGUUCUAUUCAGGAUGCGAACAGGGCUCCGGAAUGGAUCCCGCUCGCAUCCUGAGGUACCACUGUAAUAAUAAUUUUAUUUAUACCCCGCCCUUCCGUCUCGGUUUCCCCAGCCACUCUGGUCAGCUCCCAACAGAGGACUAAAAACAGAACAAAACACCAAACAUUAAAAGCUUCCCUAAACAGGGCUGCCUUCAAAUGUCUUCUAAAAGCCAGAUAGUUGUUUAUUUCCUUGACAUCUGGUGGGAGGGCGUUCCGCAGGGCAGGUGUCACCACCAAGAAGGCCUCGACACCCACCCGCCCCUUGUCCCCCCCAAAACAGUACUUCUGUCUUGUCAGGAUUCAACCUCAAUCUGUUAGCUGCCAUCCAUCCUCCCACCUCCUCCAGGACCUUCACCGCCUUCACUGGUUCUGAUUUGAUAGAGAGGUAGAGCUUCGUUCAUGAUAUAGCAAGUAGGAAAAGGCCAGGAGGGUGGGGUUGGGUGGCAGAGUUCGCAAGUCUUGCAAAGGGCAUCUGAGUGAGUUCGCUUUUGCCACACCUUGAGUCUCUCGGGCCUGAAUGGCCACCUGGCUUUGCAGAAUGCAUUGCUGCUGUUCUGCUUGUCCUUUUGGCUUAUGCACCCAUUUCAUCAUCUAGCACCCUGUUUUCUGCAGCUGCUGCAAACACGACUGUGGCAUUCUGCCUGUGUUGGGCUAUUCCCAACGUGCAGGUUACAGCGAGGCACCUCAGGAAGUCUUUAGCGCAGCCCAAGAUGCGGGGGAGCAUGGCAUGUUCCCAGGGCGCAUUCCCCUAUAAUUUGGCUGAUUUGACUCUGUUUCGAUGGGUUGAGAAGAGCAAUCUUCCUUAAUGAUAAUAUAGUAGCUAGGAGAUCCUUGCAAUUAAGAUCUAAUUAAUGAAGCACAUAUAUAGCAAUUACCACAGGAGGCUACCAAGUAAAAAAAAAAAGCGCAGGAAUGCUUAAAAAAAAAUACAGCACCCCAACUCCCUGAGUUUUGUGUCUCGCAGUACCGUGCUGUAAGCAGCCCUUUUACAGCACGUGGCUGGCCGGCUGGCCGUGCCAAUCCGUGAGUCUUGCCUCUGGAGCUCAGCUUCUUGGCUGCGUCCACAUUGAUUAUUCCUGUGGAAGAAGAAGAGCAAUUUCCCCUUUGACUACCACUGCGGUAGCCCUCAUCUAGCAGGGGGAACUCGAUAAUUGUACAGCAUAAUGGUUUUUUGGGGGGUUGGGGGGAGCUCCCUGUGUGGGAAAAGCCUGUUUCCUACUUUUUCUUCACACCUACCGUAUUUUUCGCUCUAUAAGGCGCACCCGACCAUAAGGCGCACCUACUUUUGGGGGGGGGGAAUUCAAGGGGGGGGAAAUGCGGCUCUUGGGGGCUUUUGCGGGAGGUGGGGGAAGUGAGAGAGCCUCACUCUGUCCCUUCCUCCACCUCCCACAAAAGCCAGGGAUAGCCGCGCGAAGCCUCCCCAGGGCAGCGGGAUGAAGGCUCCCCGCUGCCCUGUGGAGGCUUCGUGGGCUACCCCAGAGCUGCUCAACCCAAAGAGCAGGUCAGGGAGCAACGGAAAGGCUUGUGGGGCUGGCGGUGGGGAAAGCCGAGCUUCCCUCACCGCCAGCCCUGGGGAACCCAGGGACCACAGAUUCGCUCCAUAAGACACACAGACAUUUCCCCUUAGGUUUUAAGAGGAAAAAAGUGUGUCUUAUGGAGCGAAAAAUACGGUAACUGCUGCCGCUUCCUCGUGGAAGCAACAGAAGGAUGAAAUAGAUCAGACUAGGGACUCGGCUACACUAGCAAAGAAAAAGCGCUUUAUAUGCGUUGUAUAUGCAUUAUAGCACUGUGACACCAGAUGGCGCUGUGGAGUUUUUGCCAACCCAAUUUCUCAUGCACAGUUCACAACGCGUUUAACUGAAACGCUUCUUUGAUGUGUCUAGAUCCAGCCCAGGUUGCGGCCAGCUUCUGGUCUGGUUGAUUUCAAUCCUUAGAGGAGCUUCUCCUUUCCUUUCCUUUAAGGGCUACAGGAGACUAGGCAUCCACAUCGUGGAUGUUUGCAAAUUGGAUUUCAAAAAAGCAAAAGGCCUGGUGAUAAAACCGCUAGCACAUUUGCAAGGCGAAGCAGCGUCCAAGGUGGUUGAAAUAAAUAAGAGAACUUGACGAUGACUGUUUUGUUGAAGAAUGGAAGCCUUUUUCGGACUGUUUAAAGAAAUGUUAUAUAAAUAUGAUGAAUUCACGAGCGGGAUUUGAAAUAGGAGCAACAGAAGAAAUGAGAGAAUACAGCAUUGAAGAUAUUGUGCAGAAGGAGGGUGGGAAGAGAAAUUAAAACACCACAUAAAAUGGAGUGGGAAGUUGGAAAAAGAUGAAUUUUAUGUACAGUGGUACCUCGGGUUACAUACGCUUCAGGUUACAGACUCAUUCAGGUGUCCUACAUGCCAGGAAAUUAAAUUCCUGCAGCUCUAUUGUCUAAGGUUGUUAACAGAGAACAACUUAAGGUUUAUGUACAGAAGUUGAAAUUGGGUUGAACCACAGGGACUGCAGGUUACAUGGAAAGGGGGAGGAUGUUAGGAUAUAGUUCCAUUCCACCUUAAAAGGGUCAGGCAUGAUUGUUGUGUAUCACAUGCCUGUUUACUCCCAGCACUGUCUGCUGGGAACUUCCGUUGUGUGUAGCUUUUGUAUCCUGGCUGCUUUCCUGGACACGGAGGCAAGCAGUCAUGUUUUUCCUUUUUUCUGAACUACGUUGAAUAAAUCUCUAAAUAUGCUCUCUUUUCUGCAUCUUUCAUUGUGGAGACUCUGCUGACAGGGUGCGCACGGGUCUUGGAAUGUCUCUGAGGCUUGUGUUGCUAAUUGACUGAUGCUGUUCCACGGGAGACCAGUGAUCGUCUGGAGAUGACUGGGGGCCUGCCUGAUGCCUCCGUCUCCCUGGCAGUAUCCCAACAGACUCCGCUAACCCAGAAAUAGUACCUUGGGUUAAGAACUUUGCUUCAGGAUGAGAACAGAAAUUGCGCGGCGGCAGCGGGAGGCCCCAUUAGCUAAAGUGGUGCUUCAGGUUAAGAACAGUUUCGGGUUAAGAACGGACCUCCGGAACGAAUUAAGUACGUAACCAGAGGUACCACUGUAUUGAAGUAUAUAUGUUAAGCUUUUGAAAAAUUAACAAAAAGUUAUUACCAAAAUAAAAUAAAUGAAAGUGCAGGAUAAUAAUUUUAAGGAACUUUAUCGCAGCUGUCGCUCAAGGACUCGCCAGAUGACGACGACCAGUUCCGGGAGAGAGCCCAGCAGUACAGCCAAGUGAUCUUGUUCCCAGCCAUUGUCGAACAAGGCUGGUGCGGGAUAAUUCCUAACCUCCUGAGGAUGCCAGAGCACGAUGCCAGGGAGAAGGUUUUGAAGACCGUGCAUGUGCUGCUAGCUUCCUGCAGGGACAGCUACAAAGCAGAUCACAGCCUCAGCCAUACACUGACCCUCCUUCGCCAAGAAUACGAAGUGCUGGCGGCGGACGAACAAAAGGAAGGGGAAGACGACGGCUAUUUUAAGGAAGUCCUCAGCUCUAUAAAUAGCCUGGUCCAGCAGCUGAAAUGAAGACUUUACCCUAGCCUUGCUGAGACGUUCGCUGGUAAAUUUGGGGACGUUGCGCAGAAUAAAUCACUGAACAAACCUUUUGGCUUUGUGCAGUCCCUUAGGUGGUGAGUAAGCCCAUGCGCUCGUUACAGAGCGAAGACUAGCUUUGUAUUUGCAGUUGAUGGUGUGUUUUAUUUCUGGAAAUCGCCAUAAGAAGCAGGUUUAAGGUGUCCCUGCAGUCGUCACCUGCGAAAAGAAGAGCCCCGCAUUUCAAAACAACUCUCUGACGGGGAAAUGGUCUUUACAAAGGAGUUCAGCCAGCGCAUGGAGUUGGUUUGAGCAAGUCUGCUGCCUUAGACACGUCAAUAGAAAUAUUUUUAGAAUGUGAGUAUUAAGAGGGCAAGUGUAUCCUACUCUUUUUCUUAUUUGGAAAGGCAACUUCUGGUGAAAGAAGAUUUUUCUCAAAAUGUUCAAGAUGCUUUCUUUAACUGUUGUCUUUUUCCUGUGUAUUUUCGAAGCCAGUUCCAACUUUCUGGUUUUUGUCCGUAGUUCCGUUGUUAAAAAACAUUCUUCGGUUAGUCCAACACUUGAUUUUGAUCUUCCAGCUGGAACCCGAGAGUAAAGGGGACUGAACGGUGGAUUGUGUAGAAAGGUUUCUACUCCCCAAAAACUCAUCUAGCUCAAACUAUUUUUCAAACUAUGUUCUGCGGGCUCCUCCUUGGCUGUUUGUCAGGCAGUUCCUCAGGUGAGAAGAUCGGUAAUAAUAAUAAUAAUAAUAAUAAUAAUAAUAAUAAUAAUAAUAAUAAUUUAUUAUUUGUAUCCCGCCCAUCUGACUCUGGACGGCUUCCAACAAAGAUUAAAAAUACAUUAAAAUGUCACACAUUAAAAACUUCCCUGAAUAGGGCUGCCUUCAGAUGUCUUCUAAAUGUCAGGUAGUUGUUAAUCUUUUUGACAUCUGGUGGGAGGGUGUUCCACAGGGUGGGUGCCACUACCGAGAAGGCCCUCCUCCUGGUUCCGUGUAGCUUUGCUUCUCGCAGUUAGGGAACCGCCAGAAGGCCCUUGGAGCCAGACCUCAGCGUCCAGGCAGAACGAUGGGGGUGGAGACGCUCCUUCAGGUCUAUGGGGCCAAGGCCAUUUAGGGCUUUAAAGGUCGGCACCAAAACUUUGAAUUGUGCUCUGAAACGUACUGGGAACCAAUGUAGAUCCUUCAAGACCGGUGUUAUGUGGUCUCGGCGGGCACUCCCAGUCAUCAGUCUAGCUGCCGCAUUCUGGAUUAGUUGUAGUUUCCGGGUCACCUUCAAAGGUAGCCCCACAUAGAGCGUGUUGCAGUAGUCCAAGCGGGAGAUAACUAGAGCAUGCACCGCUCUGGUGAGACAGUCCGCAGGCAGGUAGGGUCUCAGCCUGCGUACCAGGUGGAGUUGGUAGACAGCUGCCCUGGACACAGAAUUGACCUGUGCCUCCAUGGACAGAUGUGAGUCCAGAAUGACUCCCAGGCUGUGCACCUGGUCCUUCAGGGGCACAGUUACCCCAUUCAGGACCAGGGAGUCCUCCACACCAGCCUGCCCCCUGUCCCCCAAAAACAGUACUUCUGUCUUGUCAGGAUUCAACCUCAAUCCAUUAGCCACCAUCCAUCCUCCAACCGCCUGGAUCUCACUCAGAGCAAGAUGGGAACUGUCUUCAAGUUUUCUCACAGGCCGUUGCCAGGCAACAGCUCCUUCCUCCCCUGAGCAGCUGGAACUGGAAUGGAAGCAGUUUCUAGGCAGCACUGCCAAAAUAUUAGUUGUAGUUUCUGGGUCACCUUCAAAGGUAGCCCCACGUAGAGCGUGUUGCAGUAGUCCAAGCGGGAGAUAACUAGAGCAUGCACCGCUCUGGCGAGACAGUCCGCAGGCAGGUAGGGUCUCAGCCUGCGUACCAGGUGGAGUUGGUAGACAGCUGCCCUGGAUACAGAAUUGACCUGUGCCUCUAUGGACAGCUGUGACUCCAAAAUGGCUCCCAGGCUGCGCACCUGGUCCUUCAGGGGCGCAGUUACCCCAUUCAGAACCAGGGAGUCCUCCACACCCGCCCGCCUCCUGUCCCCCCAAAACAGUACUUCUGUCUUAUCAGGAUUCAACCUCAGCCACCAUCCAUCCUCCAACCGCCUCCAGGCACUCACACAGGACCUUCACCGCCUUCACUGGUUCUGAUUUGAAAGAGAGGUAGAGCUGGGUAUCAUCUUCAUAUUGAUGGACACCCAGUCCAGACCCCCUGAUGAUCUCUCCCUGCGGCUUCAUGUUAUAAAGCAUGGGGGAGAGGACAGAACCCUGAGGCACCCCACAAGUGAGAGCCCAGGGGUCUGAACACUUAUCCCCCACCACACAGUAAAAGCAGAUGAGUUGCUCUUAAAGACAUCUUGUCCAUUAUUGAACUUUCCCUGCAAUGUGCAGCUGCAGAUUGGGGUGGCUUUUUAAGAUGCGCUCUGUCAAUUCUUCUUAAUUAAAUUUCUAUACUGCCCUUCUUUCAAGGAUCACAGGGCGGUUUGCAACAUAAAAACACAAAAAUACACAACAUGGUAACAAAUGAAAACCAAACCCCCGGCAACACAGUUUAUAAGGUCACCGGUUGUUUAGUUAGCCCGAAGGAGAAGAGGAAUGUUUUUGCAUGGAGCCUAAAGAUAUGUAACGAAGGUGCCAGGCGAGUCUCCCUAGGGAGAGCAUUUCACAAACAGGGAGCCACCACAGAGAAGGCAUGUUCUCAUGUUGCCACCCUCCGGACCUUUCGUGGAGGAAGCACACAAAGAAGGGCUUCAGGUGAUGAUUGCAGAGUCUGGGUUUGUUCAUAUGGGGAGAUGCAACGCAGUCCUGAGCCAUUUUUGGCUUUGCAGUCGUACCUUGGUUGUCAAACGCCUUGGAACUUGGACGUUUUGGCUCCCAAACGAUCGAAACCCGGAAGUGACCGUUCCGGUUUUCGAACGUUCUUUUGGAAGCCGAACGUCCGGCGGGGCUUCUGCGGCUUCCGAUUGGCUGCAGGAGCUGUGCCUUGGUUUUCGAACGUUUUGGAAGCCGAACGGAUUUUGUUCGACUUCCGAGGUACCACUGUAUUACUGUUAUUUUGUUUAGUAUGCCAUUAUGAAGGUUCUACCUGCGUUCUUCAACUCGGCCAAUUCUGCCCUGGUGGUCUCUCACCUGUGAGUCUACUCCUUUCCUCAAUAACUCAAAGCAUUCAAAUCCCCAAAGCGUUCAAAUCACCCAGUGAACUUCAUAGCUGAGUGGGGAUUUGAACCCAGGUCUCCCAGUCUGACAUUUGAACCACUUCACCACACUUGCUCCGCCCAGUAGGUAUACAUAUCAGUGCAUGGUCCUAUUUCUGGCAUUACAGACAGCUCCACUGAGUGCUGGAGUCAGACUUAGUUCGUAUCUUUUGCUGAACAAAUGCUUCCAAAAUCCAAAUGUCUCUGAUUUAACAGGGCUGUGGGCCGAAGUACCCGUCUGCUAAUUUGUAGAAAGUAACUAAUCCUGGAAGUAGCUUAAGCAAUAAGGCCAGGACACAUGGCGGAGAAGGUAUGUCUCGAAAACUGCCCAUUUAAAAAUCUUUCCACUGUCUACUGAGGUUCGUUGAUCUCCCCCUUGCCUAAUUAGGCAGUCAGCACAAGCCAAACUGUAAAAAAAUAUGGAUUGUCUGUGUACAUUUCCUCAAACUGUGCAGCUGUGGUGGGCUUUGGGUGACCUUUCGACGUGCAUAGAUCUUCGGAAGGUGAGAUCUGUGAGUCCCACUUCAAACAUUGAGCGGGGGUUGAGAAACCCAAAUGUCUUAAAAUUCUGCAAGCUAUACAUUUCAAGAAGUGCAUUCAUUAGCUCUCAGGGCCAUUUGAUGUGCAGACAGGUAUUUUUAGGCUGCGAUCCUAUGCACGCUUUUGUUAUUUGAAAUCAGUGGGGUUUGCUUCCAAGUAAACACACACAGGAUUGCACUGGUAGAGCUAUACAGUGGUACCUUGGCUGUCGAACUUAAUCUGUUCCGGGAGUUCAUUCGACACCCAAAACUGUCGCGGCUUCCAAUUGGCUGCAGGAGCCUCCUGCACUCAAGUAGAAGCCACAUCGGAUAUUUGGCUUCUGGAAAACGUUCACAAACCAGAAUGCUUACUUCUGGGUUUGCAGUGUUCAGGAGCCGAUUUAUUCUACAAUUAAGCCCUUCAAGAACCAAGGUACCACUGCAUGUUCGUUGCAUUUUUCAUUGCUGACUUCCUGGUACAUCUUUUUCCUACUCACUUGGCCUGCUUUCAAAAUGCAUAUUUGCCUCUUUUUAUCCAUCACUAUUUUAGCAUGGGACGUGGGUGGCGCUGUGGGUUAAACCACAGAGCCUAGGACUUGCCGAUCAGGUUGGCGGUUCGAAUCCCCACGGCGGAGUGAGCUCCCGUUGCUCGGUCCCUCCUCCUGCCAACCUAGCAGUUGGAAAGCACGUCAAAGUGCAAGUAGAUAAAUAGGUACUGCUCCGGCAGGAAGGUAAACAGCGUUUCCGUGCGCUGCUCUGGUUCGCCAGAAGCGGCUUAGUGAUGCUGGCCACAUGACCCGGAAGCUGUACGCCAGCUCCCUCGGCCAAUAAAGCAAGAUGAGCGCCACAACCCCAGAGUCGGCCAUGACUGGACCUAAUGUUCAGGGGUCCCUUUACCUUUACCUUUAUUUUAGCAUGUGCCCCACAUGCACAUGUUCAAUAACGCAUGAAAAAUAUCCAGCCCCUCGAAAAGGAUGUAUGAUUUGUGCUGGGCUGCAAAGCCCAAUGUACAGGCUGCAACUACUACCGAAAUAAAUUUAUGCCAGUUGGAGGUGAAGUGGACAGCCUCCUUCUAAAAGUGAAUGGAUAGCACUUGGCUUUUUAUCGAUCGGGUUAUUUUAAGGCUUAACAGCUAAUAGCCCUUUCCUUUUUAGGCUCGGAAAUAUUUGUUACUUUUUGCAGAUUCCACACAUUUGCUUCUUGCUAUUUAAGUAGCAGAAGUAAUUAUACACAUUGAUUUUCUUUCCAGUGACAUUUGGGUUGUUUAUCUUUAAUGGAGGGGGGAGGGGGGAGAUGAAGGGAUUUUACAGGAAAUGUUCCCUAGAGAACAGUAUGUGAUUAUUAGAAGCAGUAAAACAUUGGAGCUUCAGAAUAUGUCAGACUUUUGGCAAGCAGACACAGGGUGCCACUUACAAGAAAAGGCCACACUCGUUGUUUCCAACAGUUCCUGCCUAGUAGAAGAUGUGGAUAACCUGUGGCCUUUCAGAUGAUGCUAAGGACAUAAGAACAACCCAUUGGACCAGGGCAAUGGUCCAUCCAGGCCAGCAUCCUAUUCUCACAGUGGCCAACCCAAUGUUGGUGGGAAACCCAUAAGGAUUGUUGGAACUCCCAACUCCAGCCUCAGCCAGCAUGACAAAUGGGCAGGAAUUAUGGCAGUAGAGACGCAGAUUCUUGACGCCUUCCAGAGCAAGGGGAUGGAAGAAGUUCUCUUCCUCCUCUUGUGUUAGGUAAAGGACCCCUAACCAUUAGGUCCAGUCGUGACCGACUCUUGGGUUGCGGCGCUCAUCUCGCUUUAUUGGCCGAGGGAGCCGGCGUACAGCUUCCGGGUCAUGUGGCCAGCAUGACUAAGCCACUUCUGGCAAACCAGAGCAGCGCAUGGAAACGCUGUUUACCUUCCCACCGGAGCGGUACCUAUUUAUCUACUUGCACUUUGAGGUGCUUUCGAACUGCUAGGUUGGCAGGAGCAGGGACCGAGCAACGGGAGCUCACCCCUUCGCAGGGAUUCGAACCGCCGACCUUCUGAUCGGCAAGUCCUAGGCUCUGUGGUUUAACCCACAGCACCACCCGCGUCCCCCUUUUGUGUUGCACGCUUCUGAUUCAGUUGUCACUUGAGUCGUGUUUUUUUUAAAUGUGCAAGCGUAUUGCAGGACUCCCAAUUUACCCAGAGCAGUUGGGUUUGAAAGGCAAGGAAUAUGGUCAAUUCGUAUUUCCCACGCUAAGCCCAGUGGAGGAAAGUCUGGCUAAAACUGUAAUAAGUAAAUAAACUCCAACUAUGUCUCUCUAAAGUAGGUGAGAUUGCUAGUAAGGUGAAGGCUUACUGGGAAAUGAUAUGUAAUGAAAUGAAAAGGAUGUUUAAAGUGACUUUCGUAACAAAAACAACCAAGAAGCUUUUCUCGUGGGAAUUAUAGGGACAGAACUACCUAAAAUGUAUAGAAACUUAUUCAUGUACAGCGGCAAGAAUGUUACUUGCCCAAAAAUGGAAAGAAGAAGGAGUCCCAGCAAAGGAAGAAUGGAUACAAAAACUUAUGGAAUAUGCAGAGAUGGCGAAACUUGCCAGAAGAAUAAGAAAUCAAGAUAACAAACUUUUUAUAAAGGAAUGGAAAUGGUUUACUGAAUAUUUGCAGGUAGAAUUGUCAAAACAUUGGCAGGAUUAUUGUAAUAACCUGCAGUUUCAUAAGAGCAUAUAUUUAAAGAAGAUGAAUAAAUGAACAAAUUAAGUUAAUUUGCUUAUGCAGAAGAUAUUAAAAAUAAAUUUAAGGAACCGCAGAAAGUGGGGGGAAGAAGUCAAGUUUUGAAAUGUCAAAAUGAUUGUAAAAUAAGUGAAAUGUAUAAAUCUGAAAAGUAUAAUUAUUAUUUUUUAAAAAGAUAUUGCUAUCAUCUUUCCACCUUGUAUACUUGGAUGGAAAAUGCAUGGAGGAUAAAGACUAUCAGCGGGCAACUAGCCAUGAUGGAAUUUCUAGGCUUAAAAAUCUUUUGUUAAUUCCUGUUCUGUUUUCUUUCUUUCUUUCUUUCUUUCUUUCUUUCUUUCUUUCUUUCUUUCUUUCUUUUGUUACUUCUGGAAAUAGUGGUGAUCUAGAGAAGAAUUGGGAUGUGGGUGGCGCUGUGGGUUAAACCACAGAGCCUAGGACUUGCCGAUCAGAAGGUUGGUGGUUCAAAUCCCCGUGAUGGGGUGAGCUCCCAUUGCUCGGUCCCUGCUCCUGCCAACCUAGCAGUUCGAAAGCACAUCAAAGUGCAAGUAGAUAAAUAGGUACCGCUCCAGCGGGAAGGUAAGCGGUGUUUCCGUGCGCUGCUCUGGUUCGCCAGAAGCGGCUUAGUCAUGCUGGCCACAUGACCCGGAAGCUGUAUGCCGGCUCCCUCGGCCAGUAAAGCGAGAUGAGUGCUGCAACCCCAGAGUCGGCCACAACUGGACCUAAUGGUCAGGGGUCCCUUUACCUUUUUAGAGAAGAAUGGGCUUUUGAUGUUUUGGCAAUCAAGUGGCCCUGCCACAUACCUUGUCAGAAUUUGCUAGAUAACCCAUCACUUUCUGUCAUUGGUUAAAGAUCAUCACGCUUUCUGGUCCUGCUAAGAGGUGCAGCAAGUUCUCUGCACUUCUCGUACACGUGGAGCUGCGGAGAAGGAGCCAUAUCAUUAAAACCCAUAUAAGCUGCCAGUAUUUAUGUAGGUGUGUCUUGACCAUCUCUGCAGCGGCAACAGUGAGGGACAGGGGCUGCAGCGCUUCGCUUUCAGCUUACAUUUGCCUUUUUAUUUUACUUGCAGUUCAAUGUAUAAGCUAUUAAAAAGCCCUGUGAUGACAUUCUCUGUAUCUGACAGCUAUGCAGCGAUGCUUGUGAAAAAUUAAGGAAGUGGGACUGUGCUGAAGAGGGAUAUUCCCCAACGUGGCGCCGUUCCUCCAGCAGAGAUCUCAGAUUUGGAACCUGUCACACGUUUCACAUUAUUGUCAGGCUCGCAGAAGCCAGAAUCCCUGCGGAUUCUGCUGGAUUUGCACCAUAUAUCUGAAGGCUGAGCGCUGAGGCAAAAAGCGAUGCUGCAGAGUGAAAUUAACCACUGAAAUGGAUGGCGAUAAUAAAAAUAAUAAUUGCUACCAAUGCCUGAAGUUUGGGAAGGACGUUGGGCAACAUCUUAUUCUGGAUGCAUCCAAUUGGGCAUUGUGUCUGAUGUUGCUGGACUAAAGAAGGGCUCUCUAAAGAAGGUCUUUCCUCCCACCCCCCACCCCCAGGUUCAAAGGCUGUGUAGCUAGUUUAGGAUCUGGCAAGCCUAGCCUCAGAAAAUAGCCCCAGAAGAGACCACCGUAGAGGUCAAUGAGGAUGUUAGCUUAACGAAUUUUUGAAGCAAUGUAGAAUUAAAGAACCUUUUAAUGAGGGUGAAAGAGGAGAGCGCAAAAUGUGGUCUGGAGCUCAACAUCAAAAAAACCUAAGAUCAUGGCCACUGAGCCCAUCACCUCCUGGCAAAUAGAAGGGGAAGAAAUGGAGGCAGUGAGAGAUUUUACUUUAUUGGGCUCCAUGAUCACUGCAGAUGGUGACAGCAGUCACAAAAUUAAUAGACGCCUGCUUCUUGGGAGAAAAGCGAUGACAAACCUAGAUAGCAUCUUAAAAAGCAGAGACAUCACCUUGCCAACAAAGGUCCGUAUAGUUAAAGCUAUGGUUUUCCCAGUAGUGAUGUAGGGAAGUGAGAGCUGGACCAUAAAGAAAGCUGAUUGCCAAAGAAUUGACGCUUUUGAAUUAUGGUGCUGGAGGAGACUCUUGAGAGUCCCAUGGACUGCAAGAAGAUCAAACCUCUCCAUUCUGAAGGCAAUCAGCCCUGAGUGCUCACUGGAAGGACAGAUCCUGAAGCUGAGGCUCCAAUACUUUGGCCACCUCAUGAGAAGAGAAGACUGCCUGGAAAAGACCCUGAUGUUGGGAAAGAUGGAGGGCACAAGGAGAAGGGGACGACAGAGGACGAGAUGGCUGGACAGUGUUCUCAAAGCUACUAACAUGAGUUUGACCAAACUGCGGGAGGCAGUGGAAGACAGGAGUGCCUGGCGUGCUCUGGUCCAGGGGGUCACGAAGAGUCAGACACAACGAAACGACUAAACGACAACAACAGCUAAAGAAAAAGUGAGGAGGGGACUGGCCCCUCUCAACUUUCAUGUGCCGAGGCUGGAUUUAUAUUAUCCAGUUGCCAGCUUCCCCAAAGAAGAACACGGACAUUGCAGGUGUACCAUGACAGAAAUGUCCGUACAGUUGUAAGUCACACACAGAGACGCCUCAAGAAAUCAAGAGCAAGCACACCACCACUGAGGUAAAUAUGGUGCCUAAAAUACAUACAUACUUAAUGUGACAGGGAUACUAGUUCCCCACUGUGCACAUGGCGGAAAAACACAUUUCCUGUCAGAUAAUGUCAAUCACAUUUUUAGGCGAAUACCAAACUUCUGCUGGAUUCUUUAUGAAGAGUCACCUGAAAUGGAAAUGACAGGAUUCAAAUGCCCGUUUUUUUUUUAAUCUGUAUAUUAUUUUUCUGGGAGGUGAUCUCUGAUCCUGAACCUUCGCUGCUAUGUGGCUACACUCAUUUGUGAAAAAGGCUUUGGGAAUAAACCCUGAGAAAAAACCAGUACCCACUGCCUUGUAGGACAUCUUCAGGAGAAGAAAAGGCUAAGAAAACCCUACACUAAUUGGAGUGGAGGCCCUCUGGCAGUUGGAUGGUUCCUUUUACAUCUCCUUCCAGCCACUGCCAAGCUAGUGCCAAACAUAUUGCUUUGCUUUCCUUUGAAUUGCAUCAACAAGGCUGAGGGGGUGUGUCUUGUCAUCUGGGCAGCCCAGGAACUCCAUACGCACUGCCCAGCCUUGGACCCUGGAGAGGUCACUUUGGUGCUGCUAGCACAGCAAAAACCACAUGGGAGGCAGCAGUUAUGAGUUACCAGUCUCUGCAGCCACAGCAGAUGCUGUGAUUCUUCAGCAGUUUGACUUCACCCCCGGAGGUGCACUCCAUCAUCUCUAGGGAUGCGGGUGGCGCUGUGGUCUAAACCACUGAGUCUCUUGGGCUUGCUGAUCCGAAGGCCGGCGGUUCAAAUCCACGUGACGGGGUGAGCUCCCGUUGCCCUGUCCCAGCUCCUGUCAACCUAACAGUUCAAAAGCACACCAGUGCAAGUAGAUGAAUAGGUACCGCUGUGGUGGGAAGGUAAAUGGCGUUUCCGUGCACUCUGACUUCUGUCAUGGUGUUCUUUUGUGCCAGAAGCAGUUUAGUCCUGCUGGCCACAUGACCCGGAAAGCUGUCUGUGGAUAAACACCGGCUCCCUCGGCCUGAAAGUGAGAUGAGUGCCGCAAUCCCAUAGUUGCCUUUGACUGGAUUUAACCGUCCAGGGGGUCCUUUACCUUUCACAUUUUUACCAUUGUCUCUCAAGACAGACAGAUGCCCGCAACAACAGUUAUUUUGCUGUGUCUUUUUGAGACACUUCUUUUUAUAAAGCGACUAAUGUGUCAUAAAGGGACGCAGGUGGUGCUGUGGGUUAAACCACAGAGCCUAGGACUUCCCAGUGAGAAGGUCAGCGGUUUGAAUCCCUGCGACAGGGUGAGCUCCCGUUGCUCAGUCCCUGCUCCUGCCAACCUAGCAGUUCGAAAACAUGUCAAAGUGCAAGUAGAUAAAUAGGUACUGCUCCGGUGAGAAGGUAAACGGCGUUUCCGUGCGCUGCUCUGGUUCGCCAGAAGCGGCUUAGUCAUGCUGGCCACAUGACCCGGAAGCUGUACGCCGGCUCCCUUGGCCAAUAAAGCGAAAUGAGCGCUGCAACCCCAGAGUCGGUCACGACUGGACCUAAUGGUCAGGGGUCCCUUUACCUUUAACACGUCAUAAAUCAUAGCAAUAAUGCAUCAUAAACAGGACUGCCGUGGGUUUUAGUGCUUUGUCGAGAAGGCUAUUCUUAUGCUGCUGCUGCCGAGAUGAAGGGAGAGGACUCCACCAGUGAAAACAAAGCAACAGGGGCUUCUGGUUUCAUUUAGUCAAGUCUCCCUUGUUAAGGAAAGGCCAGGAGGGCUUGGAGCAAAAUAUUACAGUGAAUAAGGACAAGGGCCAGCUUAACUUGGUUCCUCUGCUGAGACAGGAAACGUUUGUCCGAGCAGGUGCUGGAGACCUCUGAACGACCUCUGGAAAUGCAUCCACGUUGCCCAUUCAGUCCCUUUCCUCUUUCAUAUAAAGGUGGGGGAAAGAGAGAGAAGGAAACGAGGACAUUAUUUUAUGCCACGGAAUGAAUGAAGCAGAAGGGGAAGACCUCCAGGGACAUUCCUCUCCCUGUCCACUCACAUCUCUUCUUGAAGAGAGAUACCGUGUUCAAAGAACAGUUAAGCUGAAUGCUGGGGAUUUUGGUUGGAGUGCCAUUCCUCCCUGGGAUCUGCCUUUGCCAUGCAAAGUUGGCUUCGGGCAAAAAUGGCUUGAUUAAGCAGCGACGAACAGCCAAGGCAUCCUUUGCCCCUGGGCUGCCAGCCACCGAUGGCCCUAAUGAACACUCACAGACGCUCUGGAAGUCUGUUAAGUGUGUUAGCUACGACAGAGCGGAGAAUAAGAAGAAAAACCUGAUGGCAGGCUGCAAACAUAUCGCCUCUUCACCCACACGAGGAAAUGCUGUGUUUUCUUUUGUUUUUAAUACAGUGGGAUCUGCGAGGGAGACUCUAUACACAGGCAUUGUUUUGUACGCAGCUGCGACGGUCAGCUGUGUAUCCCGAAAGAGGCUUUGUGCUAACUCUGGCAGCACAUUAUGUCCGAAGAAGCAGAAACAACUCAUUUCCCCUUCUGAACCUUGCACACUGCACUGCCCUGUUUUGUGCAAAUGUCGAGGUUGCUUUCGGCACCGGGUGAUUUUGCAGUGGCAUAAUCUCACAAGCGCGGUGGCCACUUCCAGAUUAUGGGAUGCCACAAGCAAAAGAGAGCAAGGAGAAACAGGUACCCGUAGAGAACGGCCCUUUUAAAAAACAGAAAUAAACUUAGAGGACAUUCUGAAGUACUGCAGGGUCUGUGACUAGCAGCCCUGAACCAAAUCUACUCUCUGCAAGGAGGGGCAAGCUGAUCCUCCCACUGCAUGCAGAAGAGGCUAAAAAUUGGACAGGAAUGGUAAGGGGCUUGCAGAUUUAGGAUUGGGGGCGGCACCAGAGACUCAGUGUGGUCCUCUGAGGCAAAGGUAGCUGCUGGCAGGCUUUUGUGUUGUGUGGUUGUAUAACUCUGAUUCUGACCAUUGGGGUUCUCUGGUGACCCAGAUGACCCUGUUUCUGUUAUCCAUCAGAAACAGAGGUACAGUGGUACCUCGGCUUACAUACGCUUCAGGUUACAUACACUUCAGGUUACAGACUCCGCUAACCCAGAAAUAGUGCUUCAGGUUAAGAACUUUGCUUCAGGAUGAGAACAGAAAUCGUGCUCCAGCGGCGCGGCAGCAGCAGGAGGCCCCAUUAGCUAAAGUGGUGCUUCAGGUUAAGAACAGACUUCCAGAACAAAUUAAGUAUUUAACCCGAGGUACCACUGUAUUUCCUUAUGUGUCUUGUCUGAGGGAGGGUGGCAGCGAAAUAAUGAACCUCUUCAGUGUUCCCCUCCCAGUUGUGAAAUACUAUUUUCAAGGAGGCUGCUGCCAAAAUUGUCAGCCCCAGGCAUUUGGAUCUCGAUUUGGUUUAAUUUAUGGCCUAUUUUCUUAUAGUACAGUGGAGGAGGGUAUUUUUCCUUGCUGGUGAGGAACACUUGCAGUAUGCAUUAUACCUGGCUUUAUGGUUUCUGUCUGUUUCACGACAUCUUUCCAUUUUAACUUACUGUUAAGUCACUUUGGUGGGACGUGGGUGGCGCUGUUGGUUAAACCACAGAGCCUAGGACUUGCCAAUCAGAAGGCUGGAGGUUCGAAUCCCUGUGACGGGGUGAGCUCCCAUUGUUCGGUCCCACCUCCUGCCAACCUAGCAGUUUGAAAGGAUGUCAAAGUGCAAGUAGAUAAAUAGGUACCACUCCGGUGGGAAGGUAAACGGCAUUACUGUGCGCUGCUCUGGUUCUCCAGAAGCGGCUUAGUCAUGCUGGCCACAUGACCCGGAAGCUGUAUGCCGGCUCCCUCGGCCAAUAAAGCGAGAUGAGCGCCAAAACCCCAGAGUCGGCCACGACUGGAUGGACCUAAUGGUCAGGGGUCCCUUUACCUUUACUACCUCCGGUUACAGACGCUUCAAGUUGCAUUUUUUCAGGUUGCGGACCGCUGAAUCCCAGAAAUACUGCAACGGGUUACCUCUGGGUUUCGGCGGUUGUGCAUGCGAGAUGAGCACCGCAACCCCAGAGUCGACCAUGACUGGACCUAAUGGUCAGGGGUCCCUUUACCUUUAAGUCACUUUGAGACUUUCGUUAUAAAAAGCGAUGUGCAAGUUUACAAAUAAGAAGUAGCAGAACACAGCUAGACUUUGGGAAACUGACUGCCCUGGGAGACAGCAAGACUUACUUAGAAUCAUAGGAGAGUUGGAAGAGACCCCAAGGGUCAUCUAGUCCAACCCCCUGCAAUGCAGGAAUAUCUCUGGGUAAGCAUGUAUAGGAUUGUGCUGUAAAUGUAGCAUGUGGGCUCUGAGCCUCAUGAUAGGGCUUCAUAGUCUCUUGAGUCGAUUUUAAGCAGCAGGUCGCUACCCUUCCCUCAAACACUCACAGAAAACAUGAAAGUGGGCAAGCUACUCUCAUUUUGCACCUCUCCUAAACUGGACGCCACAGUGACACAGACAUAGAAAUGCAGUUGUGUGCACUGUAUCAACACAAAUAGGGCUUUCCCCCUCUGUAACUGGGGAGAGAGAUGGGGGAACGAUUUAGAAAAGCAGCAGGAAACCAAAGGCAGAAUGUUGUAUGAAUAACUACCUGUAUUUUUCGCUCUAUAAGGCGCACCAGACCACAAGAUGCACCUAGUUUUUGGAGGUAGAAAACAAGAAAAAAAAUAUUCUGAAUCUCAGAAGCCAGAACAGCAAGAGGGAUCGCUGCGCAGUGAAAGAAGCAAUCCCUCUUGCUGUUCUGGCUUCUGGGAUAGCUGCGCAGCCUGCAUUCGCUCCAUAAGACGCACACACAUUUCCCCUUACUUUUUAGGAGGGAAAAAGUGAGUCUUAUAGAGCAAAAAAUACAGUAUAUACUCACAGGCAUUCAAGGCUGCCAAUGGAACAGUAUUGUACAGAACAAACAGGACAAUAUUUUCAAGGAGGCCAGGACCAGCUCAGUGCUGAAAUCGUCCAGUGCAGGAAAAAUGCUUACAAAAGUGGUUGAAAAGGUCUAAGCACUCUGAAUGGCCACUUCUCAGAUUUUAUUGUGUUGCAGGAUGGUCACUGAGAGGUGGAUGUGCUUUAUCGCCUAAUGUACACUUAUAGAGUUGCUUCCAGCCAAAGCGCCAUACACCCUUCACCUCUAAAGGACAUUUGAAGCACAUUCCUUCCCUCAAAACAUUUUGAGCACUGUUAAUUAGAGUACAAAAAUGACCAGGCGAAAUUGAGCAUGAUGCGCCUAGGUGGACCAAUGACCUGACUUGGAACAAGGCAGCUUUCUAAUGCUCCUGUCCUAAGGAUCCAUGCCCAGGAAUGGGGAAUCUGUGGCACUCCAGAUUGCGUUGGAGUCCAGCCAGUGGCGUAGCGUGGGUUGCCAGCACCCGAGUCCAUGCAAAGGUAUGUGGUGUUUGGGAGGGAGGGAAAAGGGACGAAGUACACAUACACAUUCAACUGCCUAAUGGCAUCUGCACCACCCAGCAGAUUGUAGCUGCGGAGUCAUUCCUUUGUCUGGAGAAGGCACCCCCCGGUUCACGUGGAUCAGUUUUCAACUGAGCCCUGUGUUGGAAGUGUGCAGCAGUAUUGAGGCAGCGGUAGGCGUUGAAAUUUCAUGCCCCUAACCAUUUUGUAAGGGACGCGGGUGGCACUGUGGGUAAAACCUCAGUGCCUAGGACUUGCCGAUCGUAUGGUCGGCGGUUCGAAUCCCCGCGGAGGGGUGAGCUCCCGUCGUUCGGUCCCAGCUCCUGCCCACCUACCAGUUCAAAAGCACCCUUAAGUGCAAGUAGAUAAAUAGGUACCGCUUUAUAGCGGGAAGGUAAACGGUGUUUCUGUGUGCUGCGCUGGUGCAGGCUCGCCAGAGCAGCUUCGUCACGCUGGCCACGUGACCCGGAAGUGUCUCUGGACAGCGCUGGCCCCCGGUCUCUUAAGCGAGAUGAGCGCACAACCCCAGAGUCGGACACGACUGGCCCGUACGGGCAGGGGUACCUUUACCUUUACCUUAACCAUUUUGUGCCCGGGGCAACUGCCCCUGUGCCCCCAAUGCUAAGCCACUGAGUCAAACUUCCAUCAGCCCCAGCCAGUAUGGUCAAAGGUCAUGAAUUAUGGGAGUUAUAAUGGAGCAACAUUUGGGGGACCACGGGUUCCCCAUCCCUGAUCUGGUCCUUCUCCUAGGAAACUCAGAUGAAUGCAUGAAUCCUCUAGGGUUGUGGGGGAGAUGAGUUAGGAUGAAUCUAUAACUCACUUGUCUUCAUUAUUCGUCACACAGGUACAUCCAGGAUUUCCCAAACUUACCCAUUUCCUGUUUGUUUGAGACAUUUAUGUACUGCCUCUCAGUAAAAAUUCUGGGAUGGCCUACAACAAACGGAUAAAAAUAAAUAAAUAUAAAGAAAGAACAAUAAAUAUAAAAACAAACAGCAAUUGAGAAGGGGUCGUAAAAUUCAGCAGAAUGGGUUUUAUUUAUUUCCUUCCAUUUAUGAAUCCUGUCCUAUGGAACAUUUCAAAGUGCCAGGACAAUAAAAGCAUCAGCAAUAUAAAAAAACACAAUUUCAUAUAUAAAAAAACCAAUUGAAACAAUUUCGUGUACCAGAACAAUUUCAUAUCCAAUACAGAUGCAGAAUGGGAUAAAAAAUACCCACUUAAAAGGCUGGUUGAAAAAGGAAGGUUUUCAAUAGGCGACAAAAAGGCAACAGAGAUAGUUCCUGUCUGAUAUGUCACAGGAGGGAGUUCCAAAGGGGAGGCCCUGCUACACUAAAUGCAGAUUCUCACAUUGUAUGGAACAGACCUUCUGAAGGUAAUGGUAUCUACAGGAGAUAUACCAUCCCUGCAGAGCAUAGUAAUUUAUUGGGCAUAUAAGAGGCAACACAAUCUUUUAGGUAUCCUAUGUUGGGAAACUGUGUACGUACAGCUACUCACACAGAGUCGAUUAAGGUUUGGCAGACAGCCAGAAGGCAAUCUGAAGGAGUAAGUCUGCCUGGUGAUAACAGAGACAUGGAGACUGCUCCCUGAUUGGCCAAGCUAUCUCAAGGGAGUGAUAAUUAAUGGCCUACUAACUGUUAGUUCAGGAGUUCAGUGUUCGUGUUCAGAGUUCUGUGUCAGUGUAGGAGUUGUAAGUGGUGUCAGAGAGAGCUAGCUAAAGAUCCGUGUUCUGUUCCUGUAAAUAGUCCACUGUAUAUAAUAAACACCUAACUACAAGUUCCUGGUUCCUGCUUCGCCUAUCCUGUCUGCAGCCAAGUCACCAAUUGCUUCCAUGGAUUCUGCGUGUACUCUGCUAGGUCUGGCUAAGGUCCUGCAACUAGUCAGAAAGUUGUGAAACACCAAAUAGGUUUUGCCUAUAUCCUACACCCAAGCUAUAUAGGACUUUGCAUGCCAACACCAGCACCUUGAGCUUAACCUCCCAGCAGAUUGGUAGCCAGUAAAAUGCUUGCAGCAGCAGCAGAAUAUGAUGAUGGUCUGCCCCGUUAGGGGCGGCCUGUCUUGUUUUGCUGCCUAAGGUGAAACAGAACUGCCCACAACUGCCCAAGUCCCCUCCUCUCCAGGGUUUCCCCCAAGCAAUCUGAGACGGCUUCUUUGUGCCUGUCUUGGCUCUGUCCACUUCAUCUCUCUCCUGGUUCUGGGAGACCAGGCAGGAGCUGGUUGCAGCUGGAAGAGGAGAUGUCCAUGUGUCUUCAUCAGCCUGACUCUUCUCUGCCUCUGUGCUGGUCCUAUGGGUUACCCGAGAGGCGAGGUCCAAGUCCGGUCCGUGGUCAAAGGUGCAAUGUGGAGGCAGUCUGUAGUAGCUGAAGCUGGGUGCAGGGCAGGGAGUUGGACUCAGAGGCUGAACCUGAGGAAUCCCAGCCUGCAUAGGAUUCCCUGCCUCCAGAACCAGCUGAGCCACGGCUGGGGCAUGAGCCUGAAGGGUCCUCACCUGUGCUGGGUCCUCAGGUGCAGGCAUCAGCUGAGUAUGCUCUGGCUCCUGAGGUGAUGGAGGACCCAUUACCUGCAGGUGCUUCACUCUCAGCCCCGUCAGGGGAAGUGGAGGUUGCCUCUGGGUCCGGUAACCCUCCAGCCUCCCCUGAGCUGCAGAGGCUCAGGGCAGAGAGGCGGAGGGAACUAAGUUCCCGCAGGAGGAGUGCUCGCCUCUAGGCCGGGAGAGGCGAGUCACCUGUGGAUUGGGGCCGCCCUAUGCCUCGGGGCAGAUAAAAGCCAGCCAGCCCCAGUCCCAAGUUGCGGGAGCAACAUUGUUGGUAGCCUGUUCCUGCCUGCACCCUGUCCUGCUCUUCUGCCUGAGCUCCUGACCUCACCGGACUCCCUGCCCUGCACCCAGCUUCAGCUUUGACGGACUGCCUCCAUAUUGCUCCUUCGGCCUCGGCCUGGACUCGGACCUCGCCUCUCGGUUGACCCACGGGACCAGCACAAACUAGUAAAAGGCACUUGCUUAGAUGCAGGACAGUGGGGUCUGUGAGUGUUUGCAGAAACUAGCCUGCUGCACAAAGGUAACUGUUAUGUACUGAAGUUCUCACCCUGGGCCAGCAGGGGGAUACUGUAGAUAGUUUUCACUCAGGUCCACAUAUGCAAAUAAGGGAUUGAAAGUGACGUUCAGUGAUUGGAUAGUGACAGAAAGUUGUUACAGUUACAUUGUACUGGAGCUCUAUAUAAGCAGGCUGACUGAACCCUUCAGUUCAGUUCUGUUCUGGCCUGUGAAUAAACAAGAGCUGUUUGAAGAAUCGCUGUGUCGUCUGAUAUGUUCACCCACAACUUAACGGUAACAUUAGCAGGUGUUGAUUCACCCACUUUUGUCUCUGGUUCGGCCCAUCACAGGCUGAAAAAGGUUCAUCACCCCGGUGGUAGAAGGUGGCCUUUACUGCCCUUCCUUCAUUUCCCGCUAUUCUGGAAAAGUUAUUGAUGUCUGGACCUCCCUCAAUCUGCCUAUGUGCUCCUGAAUUGUCCUGAAGUCAGCAGCCAGCUGCUCCCAUCUAAUCCCCAACCCAAGCUGCGAACUGGGUUCAGUUCCUUUCCACACUCAGGUCCAAUUACAGAGAGCAGCACCAUCAGCCCCGGCCCAAUGGCUUGUAUUAGCCUGGCGCCGGUCACAGGAGAGACCCGCAUCCCUUUCCAACAGAGCAGCCAGCCAGCUUUUCCCCCAGUUGCCAAUAGCGCAGUUCUUCCGCUACUUCUAACUUUAGGGUUUCUCCUCCCUCGCGAAAACCCCAAAAUAAGGCGAACUCGUAAAAGAGCUGAAAGGCCCAGCCUUUCCCUUCCCACUCCCUGUUUACUCAGCUCCAUCAGAUGUAGAGCUCAUGAUCUCGUUAAGCAGAUUGAUAUUUACAGCCCACAGAAAGCUCGUUUGAAAAAUCACAGCGAUCGAGUCGUGAGCUUACAUGGGGAAAUGUAUUGGGGAAGCUGGGGCAUGAUUGAUUAUGCAAGCAGUAUUCCGAGUGGAAAAGGGUUAUCUCGGUAACAUCAUCUCGCUUGCUAAUGUUCCCUGGCUCACAGACCCUGGGAGCCCACUGGGGAAGUGUUCCAGCUAAAACUGGGUCACGACUGUCAUUUAUGAAGACCACCAAGUACAGACCUAUUGCAGCUCCCUCUCUUGCCCGGUGCAUGUAAGCUUAAAUAUUUCAGAUUCAUUUUCUUCUUGGCAAUGUGGUGCCUUUAUGCUUUCACAGUGCUGUGCACCGAGUUCGUAAGGGCCGGGGUGUACUCAACAGACAUUUGAAUUUUCCCUUUUAGAUAGAACAGGCAUGUUUCUAGGCACCAGCACGCAAUAGACAUGGGUCCACAUAGGUUUCCUAUGAAUAUUCAGAUUUUUAUUUUGUUCCUGCUAUUUUUGAAAGGCUGUACUAAAAGCAAGCAAAACAAAGGAGGUCAGGAGGCAUUAAAAAUAUUAUUCACCUGGGAUUAUGGGCACCCGGUUGUCUUUUAGAGAACGAUUCUCCACAACAUGGAAGAUGAAGUUUUCAAUAACUUGACUUUUUGCUCCUUUCACCUGAUUAUCUCUUUUGUUCUCCAAAGCAUUACUCCAAAGCCUAUUUGUGAAAAACACAUUGGGGAUAUGAAGAAAUGGAGAAAGUUGCGUGGCGAGUUCCCGCCUCCCCCCUCAGAAAUAAAGACACGAGACACAAGAAUUCGAGUUAAUGGGUCAAAUUAGGCCACAACUUUAUUGAUUACAGGAAUUGAGCGGUAUUGGCUUAGGCAUUGGUCCUAACAAUUAACUGGCUUUAGCCCACUGGAUGGAAGACCAGUGAAGGUUAACCACCAGUAGGGGGAGUCCUGCUGAGGCACGUCAACUAGGAGCUCCCCCCAGAGUUACCGCUCGGGGGUGUGCCGUGGGCCCACACCUCCAUAGGCCUAAGACAAGGCCACGCCCCCCGGAAUCCUUUACCGGACUACCCUUUAUUUUGGGGGAAGGUGAUGGCGCUUCCUUCCUCCCCUCAUUUGCAUAACAAAAGAUCCAUACCCCUACCAAUGCCUAACUGCCAAUACCGGGGAAUUGUGACGGAUUGCUACAAGGCGAAAACCAAGUGGCUGGUACCAAUCUGCCAAAUGGAAAAAUUCCUACCAGGCCCCUUGACGGCGACCGACCAAAGUCCAUAUCAUCAUCAUAGAGCCUAUCCUAACGGGUGGGAGGGAAGGGAAAAACCUGGCUAGCUGCUGCGCAGGAAAGAGGGAGACCCUCGGCCGUGCCAGACCUAAAUGUGCGAGGCCACGCCCCCAGGGCCAGCCGAUUGGCUGGCCCAGAGAUGAGGCAUCCGAGGAUUCCCUAGCAUCACGGGGGCUGGAGCGUGGGGUGUGUGUGUGUGAAGCCCGCAACCCCACCUCCUCACUAGCUCUGAAGUGGCUUUGCUCUGCCAACAUCACCAUUAACCCCUUCCCUAAAAACACACACAAGCACAGGGGGAAAGUUCCUGUUCACAUCUUAAAACGCAGGGAGACUAAGGUCUGUUCCUUGUGCAGAAAUGCAGCGAACCUCAAGUAAUUCAAGCACAUAUUCUAAACAAAGUAGUUACAGUGGUGCCUCGCAAGACGAAAUUAAUUUGUUCCGCGAGUUUUUUCAUCUAGCGAAUUUUUCGUCUUGCGAAGCACGAAAUCCCAUAGGAAUGCAUUGAAAUUCAAUUAAUGCGUUCCUAUGGUCAAAAAAGUCCAAACAAAGCCAAAUUUGGUACAACAAGAGUUUAUUAAGUGCUCUUUAAAGUCACACAUACUGUAAAGAGCAUUUCAAAAACUGAAGGAACAAUAAGUUUCUAAACAUGACAGAAAAACAUUUAAAAAUCAACAAAGUGUACAGUACAUUUUCUAAGACUCUGGGGGACAACUCGAAGAAGGUUCCUCUUCUACUCUUUGCUUCUUGCUGAAGAACCCCCUCCUCAACUGUUCCCCCAGCCACCCACCACACAGAAAUUCAAAUCCAGAAUUUUUUUUAAAAAAACAGCAGAGUGGCCCAGUGGUCACAGAAAAUCAUAAAAAUGCAGAAAAAAACCACACAAGCUUCCAGAUUCUUGCAAACCCCUCCUCAACUGUUCCCCCAGGCACCCACCACACAGAAAUUCAAAUCCAGAAUUUUUUAAAAAAAACAGCAGAGUGGCCCAAUGGUCACAGAAAAUCAUAAAAAUGCAGAAAAAAAAACAAGCUUCCAGAUUCUUGCAAACCCCUCCCCAACACCAAGUCCUUGAAUUCCAAACACCCCAACCCAAAAUCCAACCCCCCCCCAAAAAGUUUUAAAAGUUUAAAAGAAGUUUUGGAAAAGCUUCAAAAAUCACCAAAGUCUUCAAAAACUUCAAAAAAGGCUACCACACCGCGUUUUAUGAGUUGCUCCUCGAAGUCAAGUUGCAACUGUAUUAACGGUGUUAAGAAAAAGGAAACAAACUUGCAAGACGUUUUCGUUUUUCGUCUUGCGAAGCAAGCCCAUAGGGAAAUUCGUCUUGCGAAGCAGCUCAAAAAACGGAAAACCCUUUCGUCUAGCGAGUUUUUUGUCUUGCGAGGCAUUCGUCUUGCGGGGCACCACUGUACUUGACCCAUUUUGCAAACAAAUCUCUUGAUCUCAAAGCAAGCUCCAGGAUGCGCUUCAAACAUCUUGUAGAAAAUUCUUCUGUUUCAUGCACUUCCCCUCAAACUAGCUACCAUUUGAUUAGAAAACCGAAGCCACGAUUAAGCUGAGGUGUGAACAACAGGAUAGCAAAAAUGGAUUCUAUGCGCCCUAAUGGUUGCUAAUUACUGAUGAAUUGGAAGAACAGAGAUACAAUUCCCCUUAAUAAAUGGCUUGACAACAUCGGCAACAUAUGGAUAGACAGCUUACAGACACAGACUUCCUUUGGAUAAAUACAAUGAAAUUUAGAAUGAGUGUGUGCAGAAUAUAUUAGGUUAGUGACAAUUAUAUGUGCAUUAGAAUAAUAAGAAUAUACACAUCUGUUUAUAAAUGUAUGAGAAUGUAACAGUAUAUUUUUCUUUUUUCAUUCUCAUUUACUUUUUUCAUUUUGUAUUUUUGUAAAUGAAAUUAUCUUGAUCAAAUAUUAAUAAUAAAAAUGAAAACCUGAGAUGUGUCCAUUUCAAGCAGCCAUUGCACAUGCAGCACCAGUGAAUUCGAGUUCGGAGCAGGGAAACAAACCAGGUACAGUGGUACCUCGGGUUAAGAACUUAAUUCGUUCUGGAGGUCUGUUCUUAACCUGAAACUGUUCUUAACCUGAAGCACCACUUUAGCUAAUGGGGCCUCCUGCUGCCGCCAGAGCACGAUUUCUGUUCUCAUCCUGAAGCAAAGUUCUUAACCAGAGGUACUAUUUCUGGGUUAGCGGAGUCUGUAACCUGAAGCGUAUGUAACCCGAGGUACCACUGCAAUGGGAAUUAGGUAAAGACAACCCUACCCUCUCUCUGGUGUAAAGGUAAAGGGACCCCUGACCAUUAGGUCCAGUCGUGGCCAACUCUGGGGUUGCGGCGCUCAUUUCGCUUUACUGGCCGACGGAGCUGGCAUACAGCUUCUGCCCGGACGCUGAGGUCCAGCACCGAGGGCCUUCUGGCGGUUCCCUCAUUGCGAGAGGCAAAGCUACAGGGAACCAGGCAGAGGGCCUUCUCGGUAGUGGCGCCCGCCCUGUGGAACGCCCUCCCAUCAGAUGUCAAAGCGAUAAAUAACUACCUGACAUUUAGAAGGCAUCUUAAGGCAGCCCUGUUCAGGGAAGCUUUUAAUCUGUGAUAUUUUACUGUAUUUUUUGUUUCUAUGGAAGCCGCCCAGAGUGGCUGGGGAAACCCAGCCAGAUGGGCGGGGUACAAAUAAUAAAUUAUUAUUAUUAUUAUUAUUAUGGGUCAUGUGGCCAGCAUGACUAAGCCGCUUCUGGCGAACCAGAGCAGCGCAUGGAAAUGCCGUUUACCUUACAGCACCAUAAAAGAAAACCUAUUCAAAAUGCCCCUGGUCCUCAGAAUUUACUCCAAUCCACACGCCUCACUAGUCCUGUUAUUGCCAGACUGGAAAGUGACCUUGAACGCUGAUAAUGCUUCUUGCCUGCUUGGAGGAUAGAGAGGGCUGUGUGUAGAAGCUAACCUACCGCACAGAGGUAAAAUGGACACUUAUUGCGUAUCAUGUGCCCUCUGGAAGGCAGCCCAGAAGGGGAACACAGCCCUCAGCCUCAAAAAGAUUAUACAUCCUGUCCAACUGGCCGGUCGCAAUCUACUGGUCGAUCGCAGGAUGUCCCUGGUCGAUCCAGGGACUAAUGGGUAGAUCACUGGCAGUUUUUUUAAAGUGGGAGUAGAUCGCAGUCUCUUGGAAGUUGGAUGUGCCUGCUGUAUUAGAACCUUGCAUGACACAUUCUUUGGAAAGAAUCCGAAAUAUUGAUGCACUCAUUUUUAUUUUUUUGGGCUAGUUCCAUAAUUGUUAAAUUUAGCAACGAUGUUUGCAAUGAGUCAAUGUGAGUCAAUUUCAGUGCAAACAUUCAGCUUAACCUAGUCUUUUGCUCAUGUGUUUAAAGAUGAAGAGGUACAUGUUUCACAAAUCUGUCAUACUAAAAUGUACCUAACUCUAAAAAUAAAAAUAAAAAUCACACACACACAUUUUGGAGGCAAGCUUCAGAUCUUGUUUGCUAGUCCAGCAGUCCUUGCAGUGCGGGGAGCUAGGGACCUUGUACCUCGGUUUUCAAACGUCUCCGUUGAUGAACAUUUCGGUUUUCAAACACCGUAAACCCAGAAGUAAAUGCUUCAGUUUACGAACACGCCUUGGAAGAUGAACACGCCAUGCGGUUUCCGUAUUGAGUUUUCAGUAUUGAGGCUUCCAUAUUGAGUUUUUGGUUUUCGAAUGUUUCAGAACUUGAAAGGUCUUCUGGAACGGAUUACGUUUGAAAGCCGAGGUACCACAACUUAUAGGGUCUCUCCUUUAGACAGCCAUGUGUAUGACUUCAUUGGUGAAGCAUGUCAGAAUUCCCUACUCUCCUCUCCAUACCCAUGUGCACCUCACACUCUCCCCAGAUCUGCUGGGUGGGGUAUAAAUAAUAAAAUUGUUGCUGCUACUGUGGUUGUUAUUGAAUACGACAUCCCUAUUUUCAUCGGGAAAAUGUUGAAAGGUAUGUAAACUACUUUGGAAAAUAUAUAGUAAAGGUAUCUGGCUUGCAUGAUGUCUGCUGUGCAGUCGUUGCUUCAAUCCUGAAUGCCUUGUGAAUCGAAUGUUUUGCCUCCCAAACACCGCAAAGCUGGAUGUGAGUGUUCCAGUUUGCGAACGUUGUUCGGAAGCCAAAUGUCCGAGGCUGCUUCUGAUUGGCUGCAGGAAGCUCCAGCCAAUCGGAAGCCGCGCCUUGGUUGUUGAAUGUUUUUGGAAGUCAAACGGACAUCCGGAAUGGAUUCCGUUUGACAACCAUGGUACGACCGUACUGCUUUUUUUUUUUGCUGAAACUGCUUUAGUGAAAGGCGGUUAAAAAAAAUAAUAACAAGUAAAAACUUCUGAGUAUAUAAAUGGAAAGGGUUAAAGAGGAAAGGGUUGUGUAAUGGUAUCAGGGGGUUGCUCGAGAGCAAUCAGGCAAAUGUCUCCCUGGUCGGCUGUAAAGCCUUGUUAUUAAUGCCAAAAAAAACUUCACCACGCAGAGUGCCACUAUUCUGUAGCUCGCUCAAUCACUGGCAGAAUCUGAGAGUGGGCGGUCCUUAAACCUUCCCCAGCAGAGUAGUUUCUUGACACCCAGUCUGCGCCUCCCCUCUCGGCGUGGAAGCCUACUGCGCAAGGAGGGCGUGGGCAACAGAGGACCUCUCUCCUCCCCGCUUUGCCCAGGUAAGGUGUCCUGGCACCGCUUCGCCUCCCCCGAGCCCUGCAGCUCCUCUCCACUGAAGGCGUGGUUACUCUCCUCCGCUGAGGAGGUCUGCUUCCCACGAUUUUUGGGGGCUCUCUGUAAUCCACCCGGCUUUUCCCCUCUCGCCCCAGAGCCGAUGGCAGUUCCUUGACAGGUUGAUUAAGCAUCAGGGUCACUUUUCCAAAGAAGCUGUUGCUGAUGUACCCAUUUCCCAAAUAGGUAAAGGUAAAGGGACCCCUGACCAUUAGGUCCAGUCGUGGCCGACUCUGGGGUUGCGGCGCUCAUCUUGCUUUAUUGGCCGAGGGAGCCGGUGUACAGCUUCCAGGUCAUGUGGCCAGCAUGACUAAGCCGCUUCUGGCGAACCAGAGCAGCACACAGAAAUGUUGUUUACCUUCCCGCCGGGGCGGUACCUAUUGAUCUACUUGCACUUUGAAGUGCUUUCAAACUGCUAGGUUGGCAGGAGCAGGGACCGCGCAACGGGAGCUCACCCCGUUGCGGGGAUUCGAACCGCUGACCUUCUGAUCGGCAAGCCCUAGGUUUAACCCACAGCGCCUCCCGUGUCCCUAUCUCCCAAAUAGGCUGGUGCUAAAACAUGGCUUUGUGGGGUAUGUGCUUUUUUGGCAAGAGGAAUUGCAUGCGGCUCUGGGCUCAUUCAUACAGACUGCUUCAAAUACGGCUUCUGCUCUUACUGCUUUUCCCAGCACUAGCAAGGAGGUAGUUAAACCAUGGAGCUGGCACCAUCUCCUCCUUUAUUCCAAGAACCCCGCAACCUGCAUUCAUGGUCCCCGGGGCACCCUCUGGGGAUAGCAUUCCUCAGUUCAGUCACUCUGUCUCGCUGCUGGGAAUCUGCCUGUUUUCAGCCCUGACCCCCUUACACUUCUAACUCACUGCACAAGCUGUCUGCAGUAAUUUAAUGUUGCAAUGUGGCUUUAAGGUUUUCUGAGGGGUCUCCACCAACAGGGGGGGCGAAAACACACCUGUCCAAAGCCUGGGGCCUGAUCCCAACUUUACUUCAGUCUGAAAAAGGGGCAAAUUAGAUGUGACGGCAGGAGACCUGUGCAUUGGAACUGGGUUGCAUGAUGCCAAUUCCCUCGAGAGAAGGAGGAUGGGGGGGGGGGGAUUAGAGUAAAGCAUGGGAUGGGAUGGGACAACCCUCCCAUUGCCAUUUGUUUCCCUUCAGCCAUUUGCCCACGGAUGGGAUUAUAAGACUGGAAGUAGAUUUCCACUGAGAUGUAAACUUUCCCCAAGCUCAUCUAGCUUCCUAUCGAGGAAUUGCUUCCAAGGCACUAUCUUGUGAGUUUCUUGCAUUCUGCAAUCCUGUUGUUGUUGUUUAGUCGUUUAGUCGUGUCCAACUCUUCGUGACUCCAUGGACCAGAGCACGCCCGGCACUCCUGUCUUCCACUGCCUCCCGCAGUAUGGUCAAACUCAGGGCUGAUUUCCUUAAGAAUGGAUAGGUUUGAUCUUCUUGCAGUCUGGCAAAGGCUAAUUUCUGAAAGCCUGGAGAGCCAACACUUGGUUGGCUAGAGCAAACUACCGUAAAUUAGUUGGACUGAUGGUAUGACUUUGUAUAAGACAGCCUUUUCUGUUCUCUACAUCAGAGGCUCCUUGUAGAAUCCAAAUAACUAUGUACUAAAGUAGAUAGAAUGAAGGAACAAAGAUGAUAUCCAUCCCAAAGCAGCUCGUAAGGCAAAUGUCAUAUAUAAAGCACAAACACAACAGUAAUGUUGUUAAAACGUCACAUUCAAUCCAGAUACUAAAACGGAACAAAAACAGCAACAGCAGAGUCAGCAAAGAAAAAAUAAGUUACAGACAGCCGGAAAAAAGUUGGUGUUUUGGCCCAAAUAGUAACUGUAUUCUAUAAGUUAGCUGUUCCUGAAUUCCUGGGAUCUGACCGCACUUCCCUCAAGUGAAUUUAGGAACUGUGGGUCAUUCAAUUGUUCAGAGGCUGGAGAAAAUAAAAGAACUUGGAAAUGAUUGACAAGCAUGGAGCAGAGCUCUGGAAGUGGAGUACCCUAUUUACUGCUCUUCGAAUGUUCUUUCAUUUCUUCAGAGUGCCUUGCAGUUCAGAGCCAAGUCUGCCCACACUGAAACCGCCCCUCUUGCCAUAUUUCCCCGAAUUGUCAGCUAGCUAGAAUUGAUACGUUUUUAAGAGGAAAAAGCACAUCCCUCUUGCGGAAUGUAGAGUUCCCGUCAGACCCCCAUCUGUUCUUGUCAGCUACCCCUAGAUGAAUUAAGGCUGCCUUCCUCUCUCUAAGCUCAUCUGUUGUAUAUUCCCUUCUAACUUUGGUUUAUGCAUCUCUCUCCCCCCCCAUUCCCAUAACCCUUUGCCUGAUGGCGCUACCCUCGCAGCUGCUAAAUGGAUUUAACAUAAUGGUCUCCGUUGUGCUGUCCUCUUGUCCUAGUAUGGCUUGUCAGUGAGCUGAUUUACUUACUCUUACUUGGAAUAUGAAUUUUUAUGAUCCCACGAAGAGCUGUAUUUCAUGAAUGGGAUUUCAGCGUUCCAGUAAAAUACUAAUGGGCGUGAAAUUAGUGUGGCAUGACCUGUUGGCUGCUUGCUUGUAUCUUUGAUAGUCGCAAUCCUAAAGAUAAAUGCCAGAGCGUAAGUCUCACAUCAGUCAGUGCAACUCAUUUCCAGGUAAACACUGUGGUAAAACGGCCGGUCUGCUUCAGGUUUGACAUUGCAUGUGGGCAGCCCAGGGGCCACACGUGGCCCUUGAUCUAUCCAUGCAACCUGUGAAGCCCUGCAGAACUCAGUCCAGCUGUUCAUUCACCAGCUAAGGAGUAAACCCAACACAAAUCCCUGGUAGAGUUUCUAAGAUGGUUUGAUGGCACCUUGUAUCCCUCCUUCUUGCAACCCCUGCAGCCCAGCUGUUGCCAAAUCUAGUGCCUUGGCCGAUAUCAUUCCUGAAUGCUCACCUGAUUCCAGGGUGAAAUCUAGACACAUAAAAAAAAAAACGCUAUGAAAAUGCUUUUUAAAAAAACGUUUUGGAAAAUAUAUUGAAUUUGCCAUAAGCUCACCAUCGCCAUCUAGUGUCAAAGUUGUAUAAUGCACUUAAAACCUUAUAUUUGCAGCUGUAUAGCUGAGUUCCAGGUGUCAGCAGUUGCUCGCCCCCCAUCUUGAAUCUUCUAGGAAAAGAAUCUGCUUGAAUACUUACAGUAGAAAAUAGGUGAAGUUUAUAGAGCAGGAAAAGAGCUGUUGCUGAAGAAAUUUCAGGGGCAGGGGCAGGGCAAGCCAGCAGGUGACGCAGAGACACACAGGGUUGGUGGCAAUUGGCUAGGCAUCCCAAACCGGUUAACACAUCUUUAUCACAGUUUUUAAAAAAAGAAUAAAGUAAUAUUUUUGGCUCUUUCUGUUUAUAAUCUGGAAGUGGUAUACACACAACAGCAGGCUCCGAGUUAAGAGUUAGGCGACACCUCAGCCAUAAAUGAAGUUGGAAAGAUGUCUACAAAGAAGCUAAUUCCUCUUAUCAGAAUUAAACCUGGGCAAUGUAAAAGGAUGAGGAUGAAAGAGGAGAGCGCAAAAUAUGGUCUGAAGCUCAACAUCAAAAAAACUAAGAUCAUGGCCACUGGGCCCAUCACUUCCUGGCAAAUAGCAGGGGAAGAAAUGGAGGCAGUGAGAGAUUUUACUUUCUUGGGCUCCAUGAUCACUGCAGAUGGUGACAGCAGCCACGAAAUUAAAAGACGCCUGCUUCUUGAGAGAAAAGCAAUGACAAACCUAGACAGCGUCUUAAAAAGCAGAGACAUCACCUUGCCAACAAAGGUCCGUAUAGUUAAAGCUAUGGUUUUCCCAGGAAUGAUGUAUGGAAGUGAGAGCUGGACUAUAAAGAAGGCUGAUCGCCAAAGAAUUGAUGCUUUUGAAUUCUGGUGCUGGAGGAGACUCUUGAGAGUCCCAUGGACUGUAAGAAGAUCAAACCUCUCCAUUCUGAAGGAAAUCAGCCCUGAGUGCUCACUGGAAGGACAGAUCCUGAAGCUGAGGCUCCAAUACUUUGGCCACCUCAUGAGAAGAGAAGACUCCCUGGAAAAGACCCUGAUGUUUGGAAAGAUGGAGGGCACAAGGAGAAGGGGAUGACAGAGGGUUACAACAACCACUGUAUUGGUGCAAUGGAACACAGUGAUGGAAGCCAGAGUGCACGGAAAUGCUGUUUACCUUCCUGUCGCGGCGGUACCAAUUUAUCUACUUGCACUGGUGUGCUUUUGAACUGCUAGGUUGGCAGGAGCUGGGACAAAGCAAUGGGAGGUCACCCCAUAGCGGGGAUUCGAACCACCAACCUUCUGAUUGGCAAGCCCAAGAGGCUCAGUGGUUUAGACCACAGCGCCACCCGCGUCCCUAUCGGGGAAAGUGGAAAAAAGGUGACCCUGAUCUGGAUGGUUGAUGCAUACAAAGAAUCUGUUCAUUGGUCUAGAUCCUAGGAUCCCACACCCAGAUGUAGGUAAAUGCAGACACCCAUGAUUUCAUGGCUCAGUUUGCCACAAGCCCUAGGGAAGAAAGCAAAUCUAGAACCACGUGUGCUGCUACUAACUUUUUGUGGAAAAGGAAAGGAAUGGAGCACCCCAAUGAUUUUUUUGUGUGUGGAGUGGACUAGGGUGGGGAAAGCAGAGAACUGAAGUAUUGGGUAGGUGCUAAUCUUCCUAAUCUCUAACAUUACAUUCUUGUUCCUAUGUUCUUUUCCUAGUGCUCACUUCUCUUCACGUGGAACACUUAGAAAUAAAAAGAACAUUCUGAACACUGAUGUACUGUAUUGCCAAGAGGGAAAUUGCAUGGCCAUUUAUGCAGCUGCAUAACUGCAUUUCAUCCAGGGUCCUGUGGCUGUGAAACGUGCUGCGCUCUUUGUCCCCCUUUCCCUUUCCCCCUUGCAAGCCUGGGUAGUUCUAGCUGCCUUGCCCGCCUUUGCAAAACGGUGGCUGCGCUUUCCUCCCCUCUUGUUGCCUCCCGAUUUUUACUACAUCGUUGACUCUGAAGCCCCCCAAGGCACAUCAUCCACAGCUAACUCACACUCUCCGGCUGGCUUGAAGAAUGGAGUGGUUUAGACAUGCGUUUCAAGAGGGAGGAUAAAAUGGCUUUGCAGAAAGUAGCAGAGGAUCACGCUAGAUCAGCCCCCAUAAGCAUAAAUUUGGCAACAUUUGAGAUUAAUUGAAAUAUGGUGAAUUGGGUUCAUUUUAAGACCCAAAUCCUGAUUUGGCACGUGCAAAUUUCAAAGUAGUUGAAGACAAGUUGCAGCAAUGGGCAUACAUACUUAAUAACAGCAAAUGUUGCAUAUUGUGGACAGAACAAGUCGCUUGCCCCAGGAUGAUGUAUUUGAUGGUGUGUUGUUUUAUUUACUUUUUAUCUAUUUAUUAGAUGUGGAUGCUUCAAGGACAUUUUGAUAAUGUAAUGAUCCAACCAACCAAC